CAGAGCUGGAGGGAAGGAAGGAGUGAGAGAGAGAGGGAGAAGGGAAAAAAGGAGAGAGAGAGAGAGAGAAGGAGGGAAAGAGACACACAAGGAGGGAGUGAAAGGGGGGCAGGAUCCUUCCUCCUGUUUGUUUUAGGGAUCACUAGCUGGAAGAAAGGAGAGGAGGGCAGUGAGAGCACAGAGCUGGAUCCAGGGGCAGCAGGCAGAGCACAGAGCUGGAUCCAGGGGCAGCAGAUCCAGGGGCAGCAGGCAGAGCACAGAGCUGGAUCCAGGGGCAGCAGAUCCAGGGGCAGCAGACAGAGCACAGAGCUGGAUCCUGGGGCAGCAGAUCCAGGGGCAGCAGGCAGAGCACAGAGCUGGAUCCAGGGGCAGUAGGCAGAGCACAGAGCUGGACCCAGGGGCAGCAGAUCCAGGGGCAGCAGGCAGAGCACAGAGCUGGAUCCUGGGGCAGUAGGCAGAGCACAGAGCUGGACCCAGGGGCAGCAGAUCCGGGGGCAGCAGGCAGAGCACAGAGCUGGAUCCAGGGGCAGCAGGCAGAGCACACACAGAGACACACUGCAUGGACUGACCCCCCUCUCCCAUUACACUCCCAUCACCCACCAGUCCUGCUCAGGAUGCCCUGUCCUGUGUGGGUAAUACUAGCCCUGCUGCUCGCCCCUGGCUCAGGUAGGCCCAGCAGGGCUUCCUCUCCGGCCCCCUGCCCGGUGCCCUGCCGCUGUGACUGGGAAGGAGGGGUGGAUUGCUCGGGGAGAGGACUGAUCGCAGUGCCGGAGGGAGUCAGCGCCUUCACCAAUUCCCUGUAAGUAAUGCAGCAAAGGGGGGACAAUGGCUCCAUUCUGGGGCAAAGUUCGGAAAGUGGAGCAGUAACCAUGGAAACUGGCAGAACUUUACCCAGAAUUAGUCUGGGAUCCACAAAGCCCCAGUCAGUGUGCUCUCCUGUGAUAGACAAACACCAGCACUUGGUAACCUUUUAGGAGAGACAUUAACAAUGUAACAAUAAAUCAGAUAUUUAUUUAUAGUGUGUGUAUAAUCUCCCAGCUCACUUGUGGUUAGAUCACCUGGCUAUAAGAAGUUUUGCUGGUUUCACAUUGUAUAGAAAGCACACUCCUAUUGCAGUAUGUUUACAUUGCUGACAUUACUGUGUGAUAACCACACUCCUGCAUUGCCUUGUUUACAUGUAUGUAUCAUUGGAGGUAACCACACACUCCUGCAGUGCCUUGUUUACAUGUAUGUAUCAUUGGAGGUAACCACACACUCCUGCAUUGCCUUGUUUACAUGUAUGUAUCAUUGGAGGUAACCACACACUCCUGCAUUGCCUUGUUUACAUGUAUGUAUCAUUGGAGGUAACCACACACUCCUGCAUUGCCUUGUUUACAUGUACGUAUCAUUUAUUAGUAUUAUCGCCAUUUAUAUAGCGCCAACAGAUACCGUAGCGCUUUACAAUACUAUUAGAGGGGGGAUGUGCUUCGUGUGUAUAUCUUCUAUUUGUAUACUGUAUAUCUACCACACUCCCCAGGUGCAUACUGCUUAAAUUUUUUACAUAUAUCUGCUGUAACCACACUUCUGUAGUGCAAUCAUUGUUUAUUUUUCUCCUGUGUUACUGUAUAACUAUAGCCAGACUCCUGCAGUUUAAUAAUUCAGGCCUCAAUAAAAGUUUUGACAUAUAGACGUGUGUGUGUGUGUGUGUGUGUGUGUGUGUGUGUGUAUAUAUCUACUUGGUAGCUCAAUAUUGUUUUAAUAAACCAUUAUUGUAUGUAAUAACUUGCAUGACUCACCACUAGUUGUCUGUAAAUAUUUAUGCUCCUUGUGUUUUACAAUAACAAUUAAUGAGUCAAACGGUGAUAGUUGCAGAGGUUGUUAUUUUUGCCUAUUUAGAAAACUCUUUAAAUUUAUUUAUUUUUUUGUGGGUUUUUAAGUUCUUGUGUUUCGAAGCUGAUUUGUGAUCGUUGGUUUUUUUUUGUUUUUUUUUGAGGUUUUGAUGCAUAGUGGAUGAAUGCACCCUUUGAAUGGGCAGAUUAAUUUUUGUAUCUUCUUCAGACUUGCUCAGCAUGUUUCUCUGUGUGUGUGUGUGCUAUCUAAUCUUUGCUGUGGUAGAUAUGGUGUUUAGACUGUACCCUUGAGGUACUUGACCAUUUGGUGGGUAACUUAUUUAUAAAAUAUUUUAGCACCAAGGAUACAUUGAGAUUUCUCUCUUGUUUUCAAGUAUGUCCUGGGUUAUGGACAUGUUAGAUGUUUUGUCAGCUAUUAAGGUAUUCUAUUUAAUAUACAAUAGCAAUGUGUACCCCAUCAGUGCCAGAGGUUGAACAAGGCACUAUUCAGUGCCCUCAAUGUAUGUUAAUAUUGUUUACUUUACUCUUCUACAAAACAUUGACUAAAUUAUAUAGAUAUAUUUCAUUUUAUAAGUAUAUGUUGACUUUGUGUGAUCCAUUCUAUCUCUGUGACAAACAUUUCAUCCUGGAUAAAACUGGAGUGGUGCCCUCUUUAAAAUCCCUGAGAAAUUGGCAUUUUUGGGGAAUAUGUGGCACUGAAUGGGUAACCGAGACUUUGAGCUUUCACUUCUGCAACGUUGCAGCCAUUUACUCAUGUAGAAUAUUUCCUUGUGUUUUUUGUGAACCGCUUAUUUUAACCAUUUAUGCACUAAAGUUCCUUCUGGCACAUCUUGGGUUAACAAGAAAAUUAGUAAUGUAUUUGUCUAGCCCUCAAGUGUUUAAGUAGUUUAAUGCUUGAUACAUUGGGGUGUUUAGUGAUCUUCCUGCCUUUUCCUGGUGUGUGUAAUUUAAUUGUACAGAAUGGAAGAGUAUGUUGGUAGUAUUAUACGUUGGUGAUGAAUAAUUUAAUAAUGGAAUAAUUUAUGUACCACUAAGUCUGAAUUACUCAUCAUUCCUGACAUGCAAAAUGGUGUGUGUAGUAAUGUUCCGUCCUUUUUAUGGAGAUAGAUAGUUACUGUAUAUAAAUCUCUUACGAGUAUAUUUACUAAACUGGGAACUGCAGGGAAUUCCAAACUUAAGGCACAAUUAGAUGAUUUGGGAACAUUCUCAGGCUCUGUUGUUCCAGCUCAACUAAUUUUCCUGAAACUUGCUAUUCCCUUUGUUCUGAACAAUUCCAGGUCUAGUGAAUGGAUAUGUAGCAUUUUUCAAUGAAAUAUAUUGCUGAUAAUAAAACCAAUUUGACAGAUUAGAUACAUUUUUAGCAUCAUACGUUACUUAUCAGGGCUUUAAGAAUGUCUGUUCGUGUCUGUAAAGUUGCAUUGUCUUUGUGCAUUGGAACUGGACAGUGGAAAAGAAAUUAAAUUUUUGCAUUCUCAAACCGUCUCCAAACUCACUUUUUUUUUUUUUUUGAUUAUAAAAGUGUGUGUGUGUGUGUGUAUAUGUAAAAAAUAAAUAAAAUUUACCCCUUAAGGACUGAGCCAAAUGUACACGUUGUGAACAAAACCUGGCAUAUGUGCUACAUGUCUGUUUAACCGUAAUUCACCUCUUUCAUAUUAAAUGCACCCACCCUUAUUAUAUAUAUAAUUUUAUUCAGGGGAAACAGGGUUUUCAUUUAACAUCAAAUAUUUAGCUAUGAAACAUAAUUUAAUAUGAAAAAAUGGGAGAAAAUAAGAAAUUUUUUUUUUAGUUCUACAUGACAUUUUAACUGUCAAUGUCAUAAUACUGUUUGCUUUUACUGCAAUAAAAUACACAUUUGUAUUCAGCAAAGUCUCACGUGUAAAACAGUACCCCCUAUGUACAGGUUUUAUGGUGUUUUGGGAAGUUACAGGGUCAAAUAUUGCAUGUUACGUUUGAAAUUGAAAUUCGCCAGAUUGGUUACGUUGCCUUUGAGACUGUAUAGUAGCCCAGGAAUGAAAUUUACACCCAUAAUGACAUACCAUUUGCAAUAGUAGACAACCCAAGGUAUUGCAAAUGGGGUAUGUCCAGUCUUUUUUAGUAGCCAUUUGGUCGCAAACACUGGCCAAAGUUAGCGUUAGUAUUUGUUUGUGUGUGAAAAAUGCAAAAAACGUCACUUUUACUGGCGAUGUCAUCUUUAUAAUACAUUUUACUGUUUUGAAACACUAAUAUUUGUGUUCAGCGAAGUCUCCCGAGUAAAACAGUACCCCCUAUGUACAGGUUUUAUGGUGUCUUGGAAAGAUAUAGGGUUAAAUAUAGUGCUAGCAAAUUAAAUUCCCUAUACUUUCGGCAUGGGUUGUCAGGCAGGUCCCGCUAAUUGUAAUGAAUUAAAAUACCUAAUUAUGUAAAAAAUAUUACAUAAAUAUAUAUGUAGAAUUAAUAUGUGUAUGUGUGUAUGUAUGUGUAUAUAUAUGUGUAUAUAUAUAUAUAUAUAUAUCUAUCUAUCUAUCUAUCUAUCUCUCUAUCUAUCUAGACAGUGUAUGUGUGUGUGUGUAUAUAUGUGUGUAUAUAUAUAUAUAUAUAUAUAUAUAUAUAUAUAUAUAUAUAUAUAUAUAAAAUUAUUAUUAUUUUUUACACAGAUUUUAAUUAGAUUUCCAGACAGCAUGGGGAAUAACUGUCAUUACAGGCAGUCUCCCUGCUGGCAAUGCAGCAGCCAGCUAACCCGGCCAUGUGAUUGUGAGGUCCUCCAAGGACCUCACUCUCACAUGGCCGGGGGGAGGGGGCGGCAGAGGAGGCAGGAUCCUCCCUGGGGGGACUCUGCGGCGUUUAGAGCCGCUUAGAAUAGGGCGUAGUAGUACGCCCUCCGGUUUUAAGGGGUUAAAUAAAAAAUAGCUUAUUGACUCUCCUCUGUUUAUUUACUUUUUCUGGCUAUUCUCAGCCAAUCUGCACCUUUCACGGCACAUCUUCUGCUAUUUAGGACACCCCACUCCCCUCCUCUAACAUCAGUUCUUUUAAGUGUUAAAUGCUAUCAGAUUGAUCAGUAUUGCUUCAGACUUGAGGAAGAGCGGAAAACUCUUUAAAGCUUGUCUUUGAAAUAUUAUGUUGAUCCAAUAAAAAAAGGUAUCAUUGCACACUGCAAUACUCUGGUAUCUACUGGCCUAAUAUGGCUAAUCCAAUCUACACUAGAUGUGUGUGUAUGUGUAUAUCCUUAUUACACAGUGCGUUAUUGCAUAUGCUGAACUAUUUUUAUUUUUCUGUUGGCUGUCUUGGUUUAAGUAAUUUACACGAGUCAUAGAUACUUGCCAAAGCGUUCACAUUGAACCAUUGGAAUCAAUGCAAAUGUAUGUUUUCCAUAUUCCUCUUGCUUACAAUCUGCCUAAUUCUGGAAAGCUGUUUUUGAGCACUGAUGCUAAUUUUACUACAUGUAGCCUGCGAGAGUAUCUGGUUAGCUUGGCUUCCUUUUAAAAUGUCUUUGGGUAUAUUCAUGAGGUCAUUUCCGAUUUCAAGUCGUUGUCCCGGUGGGGUCCACUAUGUCGAAUUGCUUUUCUUUAGAAUUUUGUGAGUUGCAGUUCAUCAGAAGCUGUAAGUGUGUUUUUCACUUGGUAAAGGGGAACAUGUACCCCACGAGAUCGGAGAGCAGAUAAAUUGGUACACAACAUUUUCUUUUUCUCUAUUACAAUAAGCAAUAGGAGCUGGUCAAACCAAAUUCUAGGUUCGGACACAUCAUUUAAAAACUUUUUUUUUUUUUUCAUGUUUAGUUAGAUUGCAUUUGUUUAUUCUAGUGACCUUACACAUAUCCCCUUUAUAAACUUGGAUGGAAAAUGUUGGAUUGCAAAUUCCUUGGAGCACAGCAGUGAAUAAGAUAGUGACAUUAAUCUAGAAAGUUAUUUUUUUUUUUCUAUGAUAAACCUUUAUUUUACAUGUAGUUACAUAGCUGAAAAAACAUGCGUCGAUCGAGUUCAGCCUUUCCCACAUUUGUUUUUGCAGUUGAUCCAAAAGAAGGCAAAAAAAACCAACAGUUUGAAGCACUUCCAAAUUUGCAUCAAACUAGGAAAAAAAAUUAUUCUUGACCCUAGAAUUGCAGUCUGAUAUCUCCUUUACAAUUUUAUCAGCAGGACAACAGAAAAGGUGUUUUCAAUGCCAGGUCAGGAUUUACUUUUAGCCAUCUUAGAAUGAGAUAUGAACCCCACUUUACAAGUGUUUCAUUAGCUGCAUGACUCCUUCCCAAAGUUUAUUGUAAUAUCGUCUGUGCUACAGUUGUUGAUAUCUGGAAUCUCCUUCAUAUUACUGUAAUGAGCAAAGUGUGUCCGGCCUCUGUUGGUGUGUGGUCUAUGAUUGAGGUUUCCUACUUGGAGAUCUCUAUGGUUUGCUUUCUCUGUGUAGUAUUGCUUAUUAUUCUCUUACACCCUGAUACGCCAUGUUUGUACUUCCAAGGGUGCUGGUUAGUUUGCCCGGUAUUUAGGGCAUGAUCCACCCUGUUGUCACUAAGACGGUUUUUUGGCCUACGUGAAAAACAUCCGCUGCAAUAGAAAUAGACCUGGUGUAAUGAUAAAUGUGUCGUUUUUUUUUUAACCUUGUAUAUUUUGGAGAUUGUACUGACACGGUUGAUCAGAAUUGUGAUGGAGGAAUUUAAAAGUAAACAAACAAGCAGAAACAAGUCAGGCUAUUUAGAAUGUUACAUAUUACUUCUUACAGUGUAUUCAAACAUCACAGAGCCAGAAAACCUCAUCUUGUGUUUGUAGUACUUUGAAAUGUAUAUAUUUUUGAUUUUGUAGUAUAAUUGUUCUCAGUCAUGUUUUAUGAUACAGCUUAUGUUUCUCUUUUCUUUUUUUGUAGUUUGUUUUUCUUAUUUAAACCCCUCCCCAUGACUUUAUAGCAUAAACAGUAAAUACAGUAAAUAUUACCGUAGGACUGGAAACACUUACAGUAUAUAAAAUUAUUGGCAAUCCAACCCUGUCUUAAAUCUCGCACCCUAAAUCUUGGAGAGAGCGCUGUGCAAGAUUAAGUGCAGUAUCGGGAGGUCUGUAGUUCACCACCACUGUUUAUAGGUAUCAGAAAGCGUUUAAUAAUGAGUAAGAGUAUCUGUUUAUAAAACACUAUUUGUUUUGUAUAUAUUUAACUUAUUAGUUUUGCUUGUGUGAGUAAACAAUACAGUAAUUUACUAAAAUAUCAUUGACCAUUAUCUUACAAUACUUUCUGAGAUACAGCAUCCAAUUUAGUGACCAUGAAAUCGCUGAACUGAAGAGAGAUGCUCGUAUGUGCACCCUCUCAUAAAAUGCUUAUUGACAUAUGUAAAAAGUUUUAAAUAUUCUUUUGCCCUUUAUGGUCAAGUCGUGAUGUGUGCACCCAUUGUACAGCGCUGCAGAACUUGUUGGCGCUUUUAUGAAUAAUACAAUAAUUCUCUAAAAAACAAUAUAUGAGACUUCCAGCUUGUGUAAUGGCAGUAGUUAGCACUGUCCGAUAAACCGAGCCGUCCGCGUGGUACUUAGCAGCAAGCAGAUGUCAUUUAAAAUGCAGUAGGUCCUUAAGGAGUUAAUUUGACAAGAUUCUGAUAUUUGUGUUAUGAGUCCUCAAACUUUUUAUUUAUUUUUUUUGUGUGAAACUUAACCAUGGGGGGGGAGGGCUGCUGCUACUAAGCCCUUAGAAAUACAUGUUUAUUAUUUUCUUGUCCUUUUUUUUUUUUUUUUCUUCCAGUCUGCCACUGGCUGAUAUUGGCACCUAUGUGUUGCAGACCUGUUUGGCAUGGGGUUGCUUCAUUCCUCUCUUUAGUGCGUGAGAUAUUUGCACAGACUGUGAAAUCCAAUCUAUGGCAAACCUGUGACUGCUUCCUUCUUUACUUCACAUUUCCCAUUCAAUGUCCUGCUACCUUUCCCACCAGCCACAAGUGUCACCUUUUGGUUUAUUACUUGCCUUUUGGCAUUUCUUUGAGCUCUUGUAAAUAAGGGGGGUAAUGGAGAUUUUGUCAAUUUUAUUUUUUUCUGGGGAAAAAAAACCUAAUCAAUCUGUCUAAGCUCUAAAAAGCAAGUCCUUUAUUCUCAUGUCGAAUUCACACUAUUUACUAAACCCAAAAUUGAAGUUUAUGAAGUGUAACUUGAUCCAUUCCUAUUGGGAUUACAUUCAGGAUUGUUCAUGUUGUUUUAACUUGUUUAAUGUAAAAUGGAAGUUGAAAUAUCAUCAAGAAGGUAUAUUUUACCGUUUCCCUUUUCUCCACUAUUUAGCUGCCUGCCGCUACAGACCUCAGCCUAGGCUGUAAUAAAUAAUUGCCCUCAGAAAUUGAUGGGAUAAAUAAUAUUUCCUGUCGUAAGUGACAGUACUGAAACAAGUGGAUAAGAAGAAGCCAUUAAUAAAAAUCUGUUUGUGUAUUGUUCUGUUCACUGUUUAGGGAGCCAGGCUAUAUUAAGCUCUUGGUAGAACCACAGGUUGUGCAUGAGUGGUCCUCAACAUGUCUCUUUCUCUCCUAAGAAGUGAGAGGACUUAGCCCAAGCUGUGUUGUGUGGGACAGACACCGCAUGCAUGGUUGCAAUUGGACAAUUUGGGGCACCUUACACCUUCAAGGCCUGGGCCCACCCCUCACUCUGCCCACAGGGUCCUCCCCUGAUUCUGUUUACAGAUUGUAUGUGUUGUGGAUGAUGUAAUUUGUGUUUGUGUAUGUGUAAGGGUGAAAGUGUGUGCGUUUAGUGGAUGCGUUGUAUGUGAUUAUUACGUUUUUUUUUUGUUUGUUUGUUUGUUUGUUUUUUUUCCUGUAUCCAGGGAGGGGAGCAUUCCCCGGUUGUCCGGUGGUAGUGUAGAUGCUCUUGAUUUUCCUUUCUGAUAAGUAAACGCACUUUUCACAAGUAAUCAGAGAGUUGUCAUGGUAACCGCAGCAAUGCUCUGAAAGCCGGGACUUACGAGAAUGAGAGGGGCUUCUGCAGAGGUGAAGGCUGAGAGCCUCUUGCCCACCGUGCUGGCCGGUAAAGACCCGGGGAGGGACAUCUUUAGUCUCCCUUACUCGGGGGUUUGUGUGUAUAUAUGAUAUAAGAAUCUCUGGGAUAUAUAUUGUGUGAGUGUGUGUGCAGAUAAACUAAAUAUCAAGUAUCACAACGCUUUCAUAAACAAUGAUAUAUUUUUCAGUUUAAACUGAUGGCUGUAAUAAAAAUCAAAUGGUACUUGCCCGUUAAAAAGGGUUGUUAGUGAAUGGCUUUUACUAGCGGCGGUAGAUCAUAAAGUCUUACUUCUCUGGAUAUGUUAUUGGCCAUUAUAAAGAAGCAUAAUUAUUAUACGGGUUAUUAUCUCUCUUUUGAACUGCACUUUAUAUCGUGGCACGCUUCUUCUUCAAAUGCAUGUGGGGGUGUCUCAAAAAGCUUCUUUUUAUCUUUUCCAACACCCACAUGGCAGGUGACAAUCAGUCGUUCAUGAAGGCACGAUCGGCUUUUUUCUUAUGAAGGAACGGUGAGAGGUAGCAAGGUUAAUCUGUGUAGCGCUUGCAUGCGUUUUUUUUUCUUUCUUUUAUUAUUCAUAGUUACACUUCGUGCAGAUAAUAUCCCACAAUGCACCACCUCUGUUAAAGAAAUAUGCAAUGAUUUUGUUGCUUAAAAGAGAACAGUAAGUUUUCUUGAUUUACACUAUUUAAUAAAAUAUUGAGGAUCGCUUAUAACUUGCGAUAUCUUUUAGUAGUUGACUUUACAAUCGAGUUUAAUCCUAUCCAAGGGUACAUAUUACAUGUGAGAAGGAGUAACAAACCGCACUGGUAUCGCUUGUUAUCAUGGUCUUGCCAUUAGAAAAUCAUUAGUGAUCAUUGUCGGGUAAGUAUAUUGUUCUGAUCAAUGUGUAUAUUAAAGGGGCAGUCUGUCCCUAUAUCUCAUAUAGUUGUUUUAACCUAUAUCUCAUAAAAAUUGUUUUCUAAUACUUUGUUACCUAACUGGGGCCCUCAGUCACCUCUGGUCUAACCUUCUUUUGUGAGUCUAAAGAGCGUGUUCUCCCAAGAUUGAUCUAUCCGUUUUUGUCCGUAUUUAGAUGUAACUUGCUGCAGCGUCAGGCAGUGACAAACUAAAACCUAUCUACUUAUUAAUAAACAACACCGUGUAGUGGUAACGUAAUAAAGUAUUAAGACUGCUCUUUUUAAAAUACCUGUAAACUUCAACAUGGCUUUUACAAUAACAACUUACCUAAACAUGUCUCUCAUGGCCGCCACUAUCUUGGUCUGGCACUUCAGCUGCUCGGAGCUGACGUCAUCGCUGUACUCUCAGGCAUGCGCCAAGGUUCCUGCCAAGAUCCUUCAUUGAACGAGCUUUAAUUCCAUCAAGUUGUCACUGGUGACGGCUGGGGGAACUGACGAGCUUGACACAAGGUACCUCUGUGUUGUGUCAAGCGUUGGAAAAAUGAGACAGAUGGUUUCCUUUACUACAUUUGUAUUCUGGAGAAGACUGUGUUUGAAUUUACAGAUUAUGUCUAUAAAGGUAAUCUUUAGCAUGUUAUGACAUAUACACAAUUUUAAAGGGACACUAUAACCACCAAAAAGACCUUUGCUUAAUGAAGCGGUUUAUGUGCAGAGAUUAUGUCUCUAAACUCUCACUGCUCAAUUCUCUGCCAUUUAGUUAAAUAACUUUUGUUUCUCUCCCUGCAGCCCUAGCCACACCAACCCUUACUGUGACUGACACAACCUGCAUGAAAAAAAGGUUUCAUUUUCAAUCGGAUGCUGACUAACUUUAGAUAUUUUUAACUCCUGCUCUUUAAAUUGAACUUGAAUCACACACAGGAGGCUUCUGCAAGGUCUAGCAAGCUACUAACCGUGCAGGAGAUACAAAAUUCUAAAUUAAACCGACUGUGCAGUAAAAGAAGUUAACAUUCGAUCUCACUUUACAAGAAGUGAGUGUUUAGGAAGGCUGUGCACGUUACAUGCAGGGAGGUGUGACUUAAGCUGCAAAUUUCUCCAGCAGAUAAAAUUACCACGUUUACGUGUGUGUGUGUGUGUGUUUUUUUUUUUGUUUUUUUUUGUCUGUAUAUAAAAAAUAAAAUUAUAUAAAUUUUUGUAUUUUUUUUUUUUUUGUAAUGCUUCCGUUGAGAUCUUUUUUGGGGGAGGAGGGAGGGGUAAAGCCACAAAGCAGAUUUCAGUUUUCAGAUCUGUGGGGUUUUUUUCCCCCCUCUUUGAGAAAUGUUUUUUAUGUGAACAGGUUGAUUUUUAUUGUUGGGUUUUACAGGGGCCUUUUCAGAUUGAUAACUUUAUGUUGACCAAGUAGUUAAUAUUUCACAGAAUAAUGAUGUGUCAGGGGUAGGAAAACUUUAAUUCCCAAGAGACGGUGGGGUUUACUUGUGUAGUAACAGGUAAAUAGUUGGGCUUUUAUAUUUAUUCUAAAGCAGAGUGUGUGUGUUUAUUAAAAAAAAAAAAAAAAAUAGUUUCUAAAAAAAUAAUAAACAAAAAUCAUUGCUCUUAGUUUCAUUGCUUCGGACUCUUUAAUAGAGGGUGUUCCUCACUGUAAUAUAUUCAUUAUAACACUAGCUUUGGGAUUCCUAAUAAAGACAAACAAGAAACUAAUUGACUGUGAAGGCUUAAUUUACAAAAUAAACUUUGCCAUAAAGUGAAGCCCAUGAGUUGAAAUAGUCCUCACAUGUGUACAGCAACAACGCAAACCUACAACCAUAACAUAGUCUAAUAUUACAUUUUGUUUUUAUUUAUUUUUAUGAGAAAUUACAAACCCACUUUUUUUUUUUUUUUUAGUUUAGUGGUCUCCACCCAGCAGACCCUUUAGUUACACUAUUCACCUUCCUCCGUACCCACACAGCCAUCUCUCAUAGAUGGCUUAGUGAGAGAUUUCCUUAGAAUAAUUAACUUCUCUGCCCUUUGGCCCUUGUCACAUUUAGUUUGUUUGGAGAAACAUUGUUGCUCAGUUAGCAUUUCCAAACAAGGCAGCGCCUGAAGCUGUCCUAGUGCGUGAUUUACGUUUUUGACAAAGUACGCUGGGCCUCACUGCUUCACAUAUACCUUCCAAAUCUUCCUGUAAAGUCCCUUUGUGAAGAAAAUACAACAAACAAAUCAAUUCUGGUAAAAUAUCUACCAGGAACAAACAUUGGAAAAAGCCAGCAAUCCGUUCCAAUCUGAUUAAUUAAUUUACAUCCAGUUGGAGAUUUUUGGGUUUCAUUCACUAACCGUCAAAUUAUUGUGAAUUGAAAGCUAAAUUGUAAAAUUUAGGUUAAAAUAUCCAAGCUAUGGCUAUAGUCCAACUGGAGAAUUUUUCCAAAUCCGCUACUUUAGCCUCCAUUUUGGAAAUUCUGUUUUCAGCUCGCGUUAAUUGCUGUGGCUGAGGUAUUUUCACACUGUUCGAGUCCCUAUCAAUAUGAUUAAUGACAGUUUACUGAUGUUCUGCAUCAGUACACGAAAUAAAAACCACGAAUGGAACCAUCUGUGUAGCGUAACCGAAUAUCUCAAAUCCCGUAAACCUCUGCAUGUUGCGCGGUAAUGUUCAGAUAUGAGGAAUGCAGAAAUGGAUUUCAUUUUCAAUGUUUGCACAUAUUUUUUUAUGCGUUGUAAGCGGUAGGUUUUUCUACUUUUCUUUUUCUUACAUACAUUGUUUUUUUUCAUGUUCCUUUUAUAUAUUGAAGAAAAACAACUUCACCUGAAGCCUUGUCACAGUUUAAAAAAAAUAAAUAAAAAAAAAAAGUGUGCCAAUAUACUGGAUCAUAAAAAAAAUAAUAAAAAUCUGUGCCCUACUCUGUCUUUUUGCAGCCUCUUGAUGAGCUCUGAGCGAGUAGCUUAGCAUUCCCCAGCCUAUGAGUGCUGUCCAAGGGACACCAUCUCCCCCUUUUAUGGUACAAAAAAAACAACUGAAGUGGUUAUGGUCCUUAGAGUGUCUCCUUAAAGUAAAUGUUACAGGUUUGCAAAACUAUAAAGGUGUAUAAAAUAAAACUCCUACCAAAAAGAGAAAAAAAAUUUAAAUUUUUUUUUUUAAUUCUUUUUUUUGUCUAUCUACACUAUUGCCAAAUGUGUUGACGCUGUACAAAAAUUAACAUGCAAACUGUAUUUCUUGAUACAGGCAAAAAAAUUGUGCUGCCAAAGUAUGAAGCAAUCAGUUGUGGGUACAGGCAGGCUAGAAUUUGUUUUGGACAAAAAGUUGUUGGUAGAAAUGGCAUCUUGGUAUCACUUUAAAAUUAAGAUGAAGGUAGUAUGCAUUUCUCGAGGAUGGAGCUUAUUCGGACAAUAUUACAAAGCUCACAGAGUUGGCUCGUUAUAUUACAUGGUCGUGUACACAGGUGUGUUUUGUCUGUGUGUUCAGGCACAAUGUUUUAGGGUGUGUUUUCGUUGAAGCAUUUCUGGCAUGUGUCUUUGGUUAUUGAUGAAGGUUUGCUUAUCGAAGGGCAGAUCUCUUAACAAAAGGGGACUUUAAGAAUAACAAAUGAACCAAUGUCCUUACAUUCUUACUGAGCUGAAACCAAUUCCUUAAUGUAUUUUGUCACUUAUUGUAUUUUGUCACUUAUUGUAUGUACAAUUAGAGACUUGUAUAUUGCAGUCUGGUAAAUGUAAUGCUGCGUGUUUUUGUAUUUAAGUAAAUGUUUUAUUUAUUAAGGAAUCUUCGUAUUAGUUUUAUAUAUUUAAUAAUUGUGCUGUUCCGCAUGUGUAUGAUACGUUAACAUAACAUUUCUAUGCAGGGGCAAUGUUUUCAUGCUCGUGCAUAUUAAUUUUAUUUUAGGGUUUUAUUCAGGAUUUUGAUGUGAAACCCAGUUUUGGAGUUUCUUAGAAUGAUCUAAUGUAGUUUAAAAAAACUUGCGUGAAAAACCACAUUAGGUUUUUUCUCUCUGGCUUUUUCAAAACUAUAGCAGUAAUAAUAAUUAAAAAAUAAUAAUUUUUUUAAACACUGUUAUUAGAUGGUAAACUCUGUGGAACAGUUUCAAGCUAUAAUUAAAAAAAAAAAAAAAAAAAAAGUAAGGGGGAAACUUCGUAUUUUCUGUGAAUUAAGGAGUCUUUCUUUGUUUUUUUUUCUCCUUCGUCUAUCAAACAGCACAUACAGAAGACUUGCAUUCCUGCAAUGAUUACUUAUUGAGCUCAUUAGCUGUUGGUGUUAAUCAGUUUCCAUCCCUGUUGUUCUCACAUCAGGAAGGUGAAGAAGAGUUGAAAAAAAAAAAAAAAACACCAAAAAAACUAAUAUAUACAGGUUUCUUUUUUAGUUUACCCCCCUCCUCUUAGGAAGGGCCAUAAAAUGUACUAUGGCACUUCCUUGAUUUAUAUCUUGCAGCCUCAUAUCUGUCACUCAUCCUGUAAAUUAACACUCAAGCAUCGUAGUGUCCCUGCAGCUGUUCAUGUACAGCAACUCAGAUUGCCCCCAGCCAUCCACCAGUGUUUGUAGGGGGGUUUGUAUUGAAAGCUAUUCCAUCAAAAAGAACGUUGUAUAAAUAAUUUACAACAUGAUUUAAUUUUUGAAGCCAAUAUAUUUUCAGACUGUCAUUGGUCCAAAAGUAGAUGGAUAUCAGCUUUGCAUGAAAUGCCGUAGGCAAUGCUGCUGUUGCUACUUUGUAAGGUGUGUGUGUGUGUGUGUGUGUGGAGGGGAGCAUUUUCUUUUCUUUAACUGAUUGCAUUAUGUAGUGGUCCCUUUUGUCUUUUCCUCUUUCUUUCUGUAUUCUAUUACUUCUGCUUCACUCAGAUGUGUAUGUGGGGUGGGGCGAUACUGGGUAAAUUAGUGAUGUUGUUGCCUGUACUUAAAGGGACACUAUAGACACCCAGACCACUUCAGCACACUGAAGUGGUCUGAGUAUAAUGUCCCAGUCCCCCUUAGUCCUGCAAUGUAAAUCAUGGCAGUUUUCUAGAGGACUAAGACUGCCUCUAGUGUCUAUCAAUGAGACCGGCACUAAAGACACUUGCUGCUUGCUAGGCAGGCUUGCUUUCCUACAGGGAUUUAACUGACAUUGGAUGUCCUCAUACUCUGCAUGAGGACAUCUAGUGUCGGUUAAAUCCCUAUAGGAAAGCAUUAAAGCAAUGCUUUUCUAUGGGGAGGGCCUUAAGUGUCCAUGCUGUGCAUGCGCAUUAGCCCCUCCACCCUGCUGUAUGACGGUGGAGGAGGCGGAGCACUAAGGGACAUCAGUGCUGGACAGGCAUGAGUACUUAAAGGUUUCUACAACCCUUUCAAUGCCAGGGAAGGGGUAGGGAGGGGGGUAGAGGGAGCUAUAGUGUAAGCAUUGUAUAGUGUAAGGUGCCCAAAAGGUAGAUCCCCAGAUGUUGUAGAACUACAAAUCCCAUGAUGCUUUGCAUGUUUUUAGAAUGCCUUCAGAAUGACAAAGCAUCAUGGAAGCUGUAGUUUUAAAACCUCUGAUCUAGUUUUUGGAAACCCCUGGGCCCCCUAGACUGUAAGCUCGUUUGAGCUGGGCCCUUAUCUACCUAUUGUUCCUGCGUCACUGUGUAAUUGUCUCAUUUAUUGUAAAUAUACCCCUUUCAUAAUAUUGUAAAGCGCUGCAGAAUUAACUAUAUAAAUACCAAUAAUAAUAAUAAGGAAUAGAACUUUGUAUUCCUUACACUAUAGGAUACAUUUAACCAGUUGGUGUCUAAAACCACCUUCCCCUUGUCCCAUUGUUUUCCAUUCACAUGCAUUACUUUAUCUGCCUGAUCAUCUUACCUGCUUGCACACUUGAUAACGAUUCCUCUUUGGAUCCAAGUGUUCUCGUUUGCUAUGCUGAUGUAAUAUUUUGAGUUAUGUGCCAGAAUAUUGUAAAAUUUAUGAUGCUUAGAUUAGGGUUGGAAUAGUAUUAACGAACUGCAAUCUUCUAGUGCAGCUAAUAAUAUACAUUUCUUUAACAAUUCAAUUUCUCAAUACCUGUUCACAUUACUGGAUGAGCACCGCCUAUAUUCAUAUAUUGCAACAUAUGGUAAUGUCUCUGCAUUAGAACUGGGAGAUUUAGGUUUUUUAUCUGUCAGACCACCAAACUAGUAAGUGUCCCUUGGCAGGUCACUGAACGAUCUAGAUAAAUAACCCAAUUCUAUAAUUGUACAGUUUUGCAGAAUGUUGGUGCUCUAUAAAUGAUGAUAUAAUAUGUGGCUGCAGUAAAUAUUAGGGAUUUAGAGGGCUCCGAUAUGACUGCCUCAGCAUAUGGUUCUCUUCUGACUUGAAUUCCAAAUCAGGGUUAUUUAUGAUCAAGCACUCUGUUUUUAAAGUAUACUGUGUUUUCACGUAAGGUGAUCUAUCACAGGUCAAAGUUGGUAUUCUGUCCUGCGAUGUGGUUUUUAUUAUUCAUUAGAACCAUUUCAUAAAUAAGUUGACACUAUUGGCUUCAGGACUUUUAUCCAGACCUCCCAAGUGUCCAUAUUUAGGAGGGACAUUUUUUUUUUAGGAGCUCCAUAUUGUUGCUGUGUCUGAGUGUAUAACAGAGCUCCACGGCAAUAAGACUCCCAGUAAUGUGUCUUUACACUAGAAAAAAAUGUGUUUAGAAACUAGUCUGUGUCAAUCAAAUAGUGUUCUUUUCCUAAACUACAUUUUAGUUGUUAGUAUAAAUUAUUUUAGUCCCCUAAAAUUUCUCAGAACAGUCCACCUUUGCCCUAACCCCUAGGAACACCUUUAAAAUGAAAGAAGUCCCUCUGUCCAUUUGAAACUGUCCAUUUGAAAUGUUGGUAGGUAUGCCUUUAACUGAGUCAAUAAAGCCUACAAAGUCUCUUGGCUGUUUGGGACUAAGGAAACAUGGUCAUCUUCAAAACCAGUUUUUCCCAUUACAUAGAUUCUCAAGUAAAACAAAGCUUUUUACCUCUUCAGAACUAUUUACAUACUGCAGGUACAAAGUCAGGACAUUCCACGUGGUACAUGAGGCAUGCCGCGCAUUAUCGAGACGAGAGAUCGUUUUGGAUUUCAGAAAACCCACUCUUUGUCUUAAUGGCUGUCUCUCAACCUCUGCUUCUGUGUACAGCUCUGUAACAUCUAUAUCUCUUGAGAUUUGUGUCUGUCAAUCAUCUUGGCUUCUGUGAAAGAGCAAACCGUGGGAUAGGAUCCUUACGGGGGAAAAAACCCCCCACAAAACUGUCCCUUAGCAUUUCAGUGAACUAAUAAGAUGCCCCAAGGGAUGAGGAGGAGAAAGCGAUAUUCAGGUAUUUGCUCCUUAAGUCCUGAAUUCGUCUUUUACCUGUGAUGUACAGUAAAAGGGAUUCAUUAGCAAAAACCAUGUGGCACAUAAACAAAGCGCCUUAUCUGAUCUUCUAAUUGUGUUAUUAAGAAUAUGGCAACAUUGUAUGUUUUAGCUAAAGGGUACUUCAAUCACCUAAGAGGCUAGAAUGCAUUAGUUAAAACCUUAUGCAAAAAAGUGCAGGUUUUUAGAAGAUUCCUAUGGGAAAGCAUUGGAUUGGCUGAGACCAUCAAUUGUGACGAUGUCAGUCAAGGAGGUGGAUCGGGGGCAGUGCCAGCAGCGGCAGACCUGCGCGGUGCUGGAAAGAAUGUAAGUUUAUGUUGUUUUUGUUUUUCAUUACCUUUUAAUGGCAAGCAACAUAAAUGGUGUUUUAACACUAUAUAGGGUCAGGAAUGCAUGUUUGUGUUGCUAACCUUAUUGUGUACGUUUAAUGCAAGCUCUCUUCUCCAUUGACUAAAAAUCAUGAAUGAGGUCCAAAAUCUGCAUGGUGCACCCACAAAGCAUCACCGGUGACACCCAUAAUGGGUCAGUCUGCCUAAGAAGGGAGCGUGCUCAACCACUGAAUGGGUGUGUCAACCUUACAUCCUGCUUGCCACGCGGACAGACUGCCUCUUGGGUGGCCCCCAAUAUGCUGGACCAUGCAGAGAAUGCUGCUGAAUCGUUUUCUGCAUAGUCCUAGUGUCCGCUGUGCAUUGCGAGCAUGUCUAAUGAGGUGCUUGUGCUGUGCUGCCAAUCCAAUCUCACAUUGGGAGGCUAUUGCGCAUGUGUUCCAAAACUCUGUUCCAUGCCAAUCAGCAUCUCCUCAUAGAGAUGCAUUGAAUCAAUGCAUCUCUGUGGGGAACAUUGUGCCCCCAUGCAGUGUAGUGGUUCUGGUGACUAUAGGCACCCAGUUGGUCUUAUUGAAUGACGCUGGACGUCCUUGCGCUUUGCAAUGCUUUCACGUGGAGAAGGCCUAAUGCGCUUGCUACAGGUGCUCAUUAGGUUCCCUCCAUCGGCUGAAGACGGCCAAGCCCAAAUCCGUGCCAGGGGAGAUCGGCGUUGCAAUUAGGUAAGUGUUUAAAGAGAUUUUAACCUUUUACAUGGCUGAGGGAGGAUGCACUAUAGUGCAUGUAAAACUGUAUUCCUAACACGACAGUGUUCCUUUAAACAACCACACAAACUAGUCUACACCGUGAUAAAUACACACUCUUUAGUAACACGGUGCAGAUGCAAUCAGUCAAACUUUUCAUUUAUUUUUUCGAUACAGAAGAACAGUAAUAUCUAUAGGAUUUGUUUGUUUUGUUUUUGCUAAAAAGAAACAAAACAAAAAUGCAAAAACAUCCAUUUAAAAUAAAGUGCAACACACAUUACACAAUGAACAUAAACUCUUGAUUAAUUUACUUUCUUGGAUGAUAUUUAAUCCGUGAGCCAGCCUAAAAUCGUGUGUGUGUCCCUCUCUUUCUUAGAGAGUGGAUUAAACUGUGUUCUUGCUCCUCGAAAACACAGUUUUAAACCUCUUUCAUCGUUUGGUUUGUAUUUUGGCUUCUCUAACUAUUUUACAGCCCGAGGGCUCUGCCUUUCCUGAAAUAUAAACAGGGUUUGCAGAAGCUUCAGGCAUUGUAUGGCCCACAUUGAACUAUUAGUCUGUAAAAACAAUCCUUGUGCCAAAAGCCAGCAUCUUUAUUUUCAUAGCACAGAAUAAAUAUCAGUCUGCUACUAGGUUGCAUCAUAGACUUUGGCAUCAGGGAUGGGCAGCUGGGGGAGAGUUACACCAGGGUAAUUGUAGGUUAAUGGAACUAGGAGAAGCUCUUCAUUAUAAUAGUUUACAAGCCAGGGAGUGUUUUCUCCUUUUUCUUUUAAAUGUAUAUAUUCUCUUACGAGGUUACAAAUGUAUUGGUAAUACAUGUUGAUUAAAAGUUUUGAUUUGUUUUUUGUGUAGAUGGAAGAGGUUGUUUUUUUUGUUUGUUUUUUUUACACAUAAGAAAUAUUUUAAGAGAGCCCUUGCCUUAGCAUCUCUGAAACUCUCCCAUAAAGCCAUGUCAAAUAUGCAAAUAAGCACAGAAUUCACCUUUCACUUUUAUUUAUUUUUUUUUUCAAGCUCACAUUUCUGAAAUGUCUCUGUGCAUUAACCUCCUGUUGUGUAAAAAAACCUUUUUUUUUUUUUUUAAUGCCAAUACACAGGCCAAACUAAGUGAGCAUCGCCUGCUCUGUUCCUCGACACACGUCACUUAAAGGAACACUCCAAAUACCAUAACCACUACAGUGUGCUUUAAUGGUUAAGGUUCCUGGAGUACAUGGACAUCCCCCUCUCCCCCAUUGUAAGAAGUCAUAUUGUUUUAGAAAAGUUUGACUCUUUACCUUGGGUCCGCUGGCUUCCCAUCUUUCAGAUUGAUGCAGUGGAAGUGGGGAGCGGCCAGGCAGACACCUGGUAACUCAAUAUGAUGAUUUGCAUUAGGCGAUGGGGAGUGCGCUAUGGCCCUCCCAGAGUAAUAAACACACAGCUAAAUUGUUAUGUUUAGAAACUGAAUAAUGUAACCAUAAUGUUUGUGGGUGAUUAUUCCAUUGAAUUUUCUUUUUAGUGUACUUCAUUCUGACAGCUAUCUGAUACUUCAGUCAGUCAAACUGAUACUUUCACAUUCCGAGAGUGCCUGUAAUGCACUGACUUUAUUACCUUGUCUACUUUGAUAAAUGUGCAUUCACUUUUGAGCAGUCCUCAAGGUCUUUAAUGACCUUUUUUUUUUUUUGUGAAUUUUAUUUUGAUUAUCUAUAGAGUUCAGACUUUUCUCGUAUCUUGUUUCAGUUGGUUUAAUUUGUUUUGUCACAAAGACUUGUAUGCAUUUUCUGCAUGACAAUCGUCCUAAUCCACCAGUCCAAUCCUCUGUCUAUGAGAGAGAAACAUUGGACGCACAAAUAGUCUCUCAUCAGCUAGGUAUAAAAUAGAUUCCGUAGGUGUAUUGUAUUCUGAAGCUCCUAGUGGCUAUCCAAAUGGCAACCACUAGUAGGACAUGGACAUUCUAAAACAGUAUGACUACUUCUAAAGGGAUGAAGAGAAGAUGCCAGGGUAACCACUAUGGCUACUGUGCUUGGAGUGUUGCAUUAAGAAGAACUAAGUGUUUUUUUAAUUUUGUGCAUAGGUUGAUCGUUCAACAUCUCAAAUAUAAAUGGUCAAUUCAUUUGCAGAAUAACAUUUCACCUAUUACAUGAUUUGAUGUUAUUUAUUAGUAAAGAGUAUGCAGUAUCUAUUGUUUUGCAGUAUUUUGUACCGCUACAGCAAGCAUGUGAAACGCAAAGUCUAGCACCGCCAAAUAAACUAGGUUUAAGUUUGUGCGCAAAAAACCCCCCAAAAACUUGAAUUUUCAUAGAAAUGUAGGGUUAUUUCAAAAAGUACAGUAUGAAAAAAAAAAGCUCUACUAAAUCUGAAUUUUUGUAUUUUUUUUUUUUUUGUGUGUUCAGGCUUCGUGUGAAAUAUGUUAAGGAAGUCAGAUUCCCAAGAUACCUGCAUAAUGUGUAAAGUGUGUCUAAGCAGCAAUCAUUCCACAAUUGGACAACUCUGGGGGGAAAAUUAAUGUGCAGGCUUCUAUGCUGGCUUAUAGUGACAAUUAAACUUCCUCUCGGUUCCUUUUCCCUGCAGCUGAUAGUCUGGUUUUGUAUAGGCUAACUGGGGGUUGAUGAUGGACAGAGCUGCCAUCAGAAAUCGUGUGUGUGUGUGUGUCCCCAAAAUACCAGAGUAUUGCAGUAUGCUAUGAUACCUUUUUUAUUGGACUAACAUAAUAUUUCAAAGACAAGCUUUUGAGAGUUUUCCUCAGGUCUGAAGAAAUACUGAUCAAUCUGAUAGCAUUCAACACUUAAAACAAAUGUUAGGGGACAGGGUGGGUAAGUGAGGUGUCAUAAAUAGCAGAAGAUGUGCCAUAUGGGCCCCUUACAUGUGUACGAUCUAUAAUCCUCUGAUAAUUAUUCUUUAUAUAGUGCUAUCAGAUUCCGUAGCGCUGUACAUGAUGUGUACAAGCAGUACUAAUUAUAAGGGUGGGGACUUUGUAACCUAAAACUUCCUCAAGGCCAAUGAUGUUGCUUGCUGUCUUCAAAAUCUGGUUGCUGAAAACCAAAUGCUGGCAUGGAAUGUUCUGUAUAGCAUUUGCUACUAUGGACAAAUGAGCGACACAUUCCAUUAUAAUAUAGGAUCUUUAAAGGUUGCUUUUAUGAUGGCGUUAUUCGAUCAGUGGUGCUUUUAAAGGGUUUCCCCAAACACCAUGAUCUCUUCAGUGAUUCAAAGUGGUCAUGGUGCCUAAACUGGGCUAGGGUAUUCGAAAUGACUACAACGGGCUGGAGUGGGCUGAUGCUUGGAGUAACCAUUGAGGUUGAAAAGGAAAUAAUUGAACGAUAAACCUGUUCAUCUUAAGCUUUCUGUCUCUUAUUUUCCCUAUAAAACUAUGGAAAUCUGUAAUGCAUCCAUGACAUAAAAUGCUUUAUAUUAAAAAGCCCUCUGCCACCAUAAAUUAUUAUUAUUAUUAUUAUUAUUAUUAUUAUUAUUAUUAUUGCCAUUUAUAUAGCGCCAACAGAUUCUGUUUUAAGGCACUUCUUAAACGGUUGAAGGCUAGGGGAGAGUCUGGCUAUUCCAUAGGAAAGGAGCCGCCUGUGAGAAGUACUGCAAGCGCGAGUUGGCCGUACGGGUGCGAGCAGCAGACAGGAGAAGGUCACAGGCAGAGUGGAGAGACCGUGAAGGGGCAUACCUAUAGAUCUGUAAAGAGAUAUGAAGGGCUAGAAUUGGUCAGUGCUUUAUAGGUAUGGGUAAGCAUUUUGAAUUGACUCCUAUAGGAUACAGGAAACCAAUGUAAGGACUGACAAAGGGGUGAGGUGUGAGAGGACUGACUAGAGAGGAAAAUCAGUCUGGCGGCAGCAUUCAUUACAGACUGUAGCGGGGCAAUAUGGCUUUUGGGAAGACCAAUUAGGAGAGGGUUAGCAUGGACAAGCUCCUUGGUAGCAUCUUGCGUAAGAAAGGGGUGGAUGCGGGCUAUGUUUUAAGAUGGGAUCUACAGGAUUUGGCAACAUACUAGAUAUGUGGCUCAAAGGUGAGGCCAGAGUCAAGUAUGACGCCAAGAGAGUGCGCUUGCAAGGAUGGACUUAUGUGGAUACCAUUAAUUUGAAGGGAGAGUGAAAGAGGAGGAUCAGUAUUCGGAGGAGGAAAGACAAGGAGUUCAGUUUUAGAGAGAUUGAAUUUCAGAAAGGACAUCCAGUCAGAGAUGGAAGAAAGGCAAGCAGUGACACGUUGCAGGACGGCAGGGGGGAUGUCCGGGGAGGAGAGAUAUAUCUGGGUGUCAUCAGCGUACAGGUGGUAGUGGAAUCCAAAAGAGGUAAUACGUUUGCCAAGAGAGGCUGUAUAAAGAGAAAAUAGAAGGGGACCAAGGACAGAGCCUUGGGGGACUCCAACCGAGACAGGACGAGGGGAGGAGGUAUCAUUAGAAAAGGACACACUGAAUGAGCGUUGGGAGAAAUAAGAGGAAAAUCAUGUUUAUGAGUUUAUAUAUUAAAUUAACUUGUGCAUAUGUUGAACUCUUUAAAAAUCCAUGUCACAUCAUGGUCGUCCGGAUGUAUGUGUGAUAUUAAAAUGUUACAUUUUUGGCACGUCAUACCAGAGCAAACUUUACGUUGUAUGGUUAUACCUUCCGUGACAUUCUGGAACACAGAAGAUAUGUAAAUAUUCCCUUUUUUUUUUUCUAUGCUAUUAUUUCUAAUGCUAUUCUUGCUUAACUGUAAAAAAUAAAAAUUGUAAAUGUGUGUUCCCAGAUUGUGGAUGAAUGGCUUUUUUAAAAAAAUUUUUUUAUGUAUAUCCUGUUUCAGAAACCUCGAAGCUUCUCUUUUUUUACCCCCUUCUCUUCCCUUCUUUAAGUUUAGCAAAACAGGCGUGUAAUUCGUUAUUGAGCAGAGCCUGUAGGGGUGCUUUGUGCAAGUCUUAAUUAAGGUCUUUGAAAAAGCUCAACAAAAGAAGGGGGGAGCAAAUGCUACAGGGUUAUUGGCCAUCCAUUGGUGCAUCUUGUGCAUUCUCAACAUAACUGACACUUUUGUUUGUGGUUAACAGAGGUAAAAGAAGCCAAUUAUUUUUUUUCCUCCUUUUCCCCCCUCUUCUUUAAAAGGGCAGCUGCUAGCAGAUUAAACUAAAGGCAAAUAUGGCCUCCUCCUCCACAACUCCCCUACCACCCCAACACAGUGUUGUGAUGGCUGUUCUCUUUUGAAAAGCUUUUUUUACCUUGCAACUGUAGCAUUACUUAGGAAAUAAAAAAAAUAAAAAAAUGGACACUUUAAGUGUUAGAAGGUUGGCCAGCUGUGUGCACUGCUCUCUUGGACACACAGGGUUAAGACCUGAUUUUUUAUUUUUUUUCUUCUUCUUUUUUCGUAGUUAUAACCCCUUUAGUACCACUCAUUUAUAUAUGGAGAGCAGAGAGAUGCGGUCAUGUGCCUGCCUUGUGCAUGCAUGUGGGUCUGUCCUUUUACAUAACAAAAACCUAACAUUUAAAAUCUAUACAUAGAAUGAUCACGGCUGAGAAAGUGUUGAACUUAAUAUAUUUACUGUGAUGCUUGUCCAUGUUUGCUACGGUGAUGCUAAGACUGUUUGCUUUUAAUAUAUUUUUCACAACCUCAAUCAACCAGCAUAUGCAGUUAGCGUUUAAAGGGGAUCUGUCACUUUUUAAUAUUCUGUUUACUUAUAUCUACAUUUAACACAUUGGUAUUUUGUGAAAUCUGAAAAAUAAAAUUAAAUACAGAAUUCCAAGUUUUUACAGCUGUCUUGGCUCUCCAGCAGUUCAUUAUAAAUGUUUUCUACAAAAAUAGGUUUUUUUUCUCCUACUCCUUUGCAUUGUGUGCCUUGGUUGUGCCUUGACUGAAUUGACAUACAAUUAGCAAAAUCUUUAAUAUACAUUUUAAGAGAAAAUGAAAAAAGUUGACUCAAGUUUUAGGUGUUUGUUUUAUUCAGAGGUGUAAUUUCAGUAAGGAUAGUCCCCCUUUAAAGCAUUUUUAUGUUACAACUCUUUAUACAUAUAUAUAUAUAUAUAUAUAUAUAUAUAUAUAAAAUUUUAUUUUCUUCAAAGCCAACAAACUUAAGAUAUAUCAAAGUGUUUCUUGGAUACACAAAGCUUUGAAAACCACCAUGUCAAGUCACAAGCUGUAAAUAACCACCAUUUAAUAGUCUUGUUAAACAUAUUUUUAAGAGUUGGGUGGGCAUAAACACCAUUAUUUACUAAAUGGCACAUUUUCCAUUUUUAAGACUCUAUUCCUCUACUCCUUGAGGCUAUUUCUGUCAUGUAUUUCCAAACCGUGGCAGUGCGUUAUCUGACUUGGAUAAACACUGUGUGUUUUUAUAGGCUGUUGUUUCCAGAACCAAUCCGUGUUUUGGAGAAGGACAGAAAAUAGCUGUUUUCUGAAUUCUCACUGCAAUUUACAUUUUGUUUCAUACCCCAAAUCAUAUUUGCAAACCGCUAAAUACGCCAAUAAACUUUUUUUGGCCUUUUAUAAACCUACAAUAAUUUUCUCAUUUUUAUAUACUGCGAUACAAAAUUACUUGCCCUCUUCUCAAGUCUCAUCCCAGCCAGAGACUGACAGAAUUUGGGUCAUGCUGCUCCGAGGAGAUUUUGCACUGAUUGUAAACUCCAAUUAAAAGUAAUUUUAACUGAAUUACUGACAGAACCGAGGGGGUGACUGGCCUGAAUGAGUUUUUGCCCACCACACUCAAAUCUGUUGAUGUGUUUUGUGCAGGUGGUUUGACGAUCUCCUUGUUUUGCCUGCCUGGUUUCUUCCCAUAGCAAAUAUGUCAACUCAUUAAUGGACCCAAGGUAGGCAAUUGGUGGGGCGAUGAAGAAAAAAGUUAAAGUCCCCACUUCUCCAAAUGGAUGGCCUUAAAGGGCUAUGUGCAGGAUUAGGGUAAAGGUAUAGGAAUUCAUAUGGCUUAUUAAUUAUAUAAAAAUAUUUUUUUUUUUUUUUUUUUUUUAGCUUAACAAUGCUCAUCAUCCCCCAUUCCCCACCUUAACGCUGCUUUCAUUUAUCAAAUUCUCUUAAUUGGGUUUAAAGGCACGGAUGAAUAAUAUAACCUAUAUAAUUGUUCUACAGGAUUUUUAAGUAGACUUUAGCUGCGGCUUUAGUGUUGUGUUGCCGUGUAACAAUGGUCUUUUUUUUUUGUGUGUGUGUGUGUGCGCGGCUAUAGCCCUCCUCUAAGCUACAUUCAUUUAUAUUCAACGCUGUUAUUCACUUAGGAAUUCUGACAAUAAAAAAUGCACCCAGUAUUUUGGCCAGUAUAAUAAAGGAGUCAAAUCACUAAAGAUCAUUGUGAAACACCCCGAUCUGGGGAAUUGAAAAGUUUCAAACAGUGGCAAGAAAAUGACAUGUUUUUCUUUAAAUAAAUAAAGACUUGGGGUUGGUGUAACCUUCAACCUGUUGGGGACCUUGACUUGGAUUAGGAACAUGCACUAGGAAGUCAACAGGUAAUCAGCAUGUGCAGAAUAAUGCUUUUAAAAAUUAAAAUCUGUUCCAGAUUAAAUAGUAACCAGAUCUGUUCGUAUGCAAAUUCUAUAAUUGUAUAUCCCUACAGAGAUUUGUGGUUUAUGGCUUAGUAUUUUCAGAACAAAGUGAAAAGUAUGGCAACUUUUAUCAGUUCAUGUUCAGCAAAGCGAUGUUUUAUACCGAUUGCCUAUUUCAUAAAAGGAAAAAGAGGGAAAAAAAGGAAAUCUGUUUUUAAAAGACGUUUUAUAUAAAGUGCAAUUCUGUUUGAAAGUUCAAAGUGUGCGUCAAUCACCCUGUUUUAGUACAUUGCACCCUUUUUGCUGUGGAGUGUACUCUGCACAAAACCUUUCUGAGAAACCUACCUCUAUUUAUGCUUUUAACAUUUUAAAGUAAUAUUUCAAGCACCAUAACCACUUCAUCCCAUUGGUGACAUCCCAUUGUAAUUAGUCAACUGGUUUUGAAAAUAUUUUGGCAAAUUACGUGAUGUCUGCCUUCUCCUUUGUAGCCAGAAAGUUCUGCACUGAGCUAAGUCCUGCUGUGCCUGGUGAUGCUCUUCUCUCUGCUUAGCCAAACUCUAGCACAGUUAGUUCAUUGUCUAAUGGAAGCUCCUUGAAUGAGCUUCUGGUUCCAGAGGUGGAGGGUGCUUGGUGGACUCCAGGAAAGUGGUCAAAAUGGUUUGAGAGUGUAACCUUGGAGGCCAGCAGGUCACUCCUUUUGAGCGGAAUUGGAGUAUUUCUUGUAGGGUUCUGAGGUAGCCCUACAUUAGGAAAUUAGAAAGAUCAGUUAAAAACUUACACUUUUAUUGGUGCAUUGUUUGUGCCAUAAAUGGUACAUGUGGCCAUAGUGACGCAGACAAAGAUUUUAGAUUACUAAAACCAGCUUAAUUUCUGUUAUAUCCAACAACGGUAACAUAUCUGCCAUUUCUUCUUCAAAGGCCAUGUUUAUGUAUUUAUUUAUUAUCCUGGCAACAUCAGGAGAUGUAGCUCAUAAAAAGUGGCUUGGGUACAAUCGAAGUCUCCAUGAUCCACAUCUGGCAAAUUUUAAUUUAUUUUUCCCUUUCUAUGUGUUUGUUUUUAUAUGAUGACCACAUGGUCACAGGCAAAUUUCAGGUCUACAUCAGUGAUGCCUCUUUACUGCAGCCCAACGUUUAGCUGGACUAUAAAUCAUAACCGGGUACUAAUUUAGGAUACGGAACAUGUGUUUCUUGGCCACAGCUGACUGUGUGUGUGUGUGUGUGUGUGUGUGUGUGUGUGUAUAUAAAUUUUUCUUAAGAUGUCUCCACGAAGGCUGCUUUAAAAAUUGCCUUGUAGCAAAACCAAGAAUUAUUAACUCGUUGCUUAGGUAAUAUUUAUUUGCUUUGGUAGACUGUACUGUACUUGCUAUAUAUUCUUUGUCUGGAAUAAUGUUUUUUUUUUGUUAUUGUUAUUGGUUUUAUUUUUGCUUAAAGAGGUACGAGCUAAUGUAUCUGGAAGAUACUAUGCAGGGUAGUAAUGUUUUUGUUUGUUUCCCCCUCUCCCCCCCCUCCAUGCUUUGAUUAUACAUGUGAGCGUUAAGGAAUUAUUGUACGGGUUUAGAACAUUUCUCGUCAUUUUGCCUAGGUUACAAACUACCAAAUAAAGUAAGAGUGAUGUAACGUAUCCCUAUCCCUUGUUAGACUGUGCUUCCCACGUGAUUGAGAGAAGGAGAAUAAUCAGAAGUGACCAGGUUAUUUGCUAGAUGUUGGCCAAAUCAUGUUUAAUUCAAUUUUGGUUUUUGAAAACAUGGGCAUAGAAAGUACUGAAUAUUUUUAGUGGUUUUUUUUAUUUAUUUUUUUAUUUUCCACAGACUACAUUAAGUUUAUAUGAGGAAAAUUAACAGCUGUAUUUGGCUUCAAUCUUUCUUUCCUUUUAAGAACGCCCAUUUGAUUAAAAUGUAUUUUUAUUUAGCACACAUUGUGAUAAGUUGGCAUUUUCUCCACUAUAGAGAGUAGUGAGGUGACAUUUUUCAGAUUUUCAUCUACAGCUGCAUUUUGAGCAUUCUCUCUCAUUUUUGAUACUCAUUCUUUUAACAUUUGUGUAUGUUUGGAUAUAAACUGUGUAUUACAGUAUUUUUACAUAUACAUUUAAUUUUUUUAGACUAUUUCAAUAAAUAUGUUUUACUUCAUCAUGGACUGAAUCAGCUUUCGACAUGAUUCUGGUUGUUAGCCGGUGUCUUGAUAUUCUACACUAUAUAAACACCUUUAUGUUUCAGGGACCGGGGUUUUAAAACCUUGGGCGUUGACAUGUUUUAUAAUACUUGUACACUUUAAAUGAUCAUGACCAGUAGUCCUUAUCUGGCCAAUAGCAUUGGACCUUUAGGUCAUAAGUUUAUCCAACAUUGGAAUUAGGAUUGUACAUGAAACCAUGCUAAACUGGCAUCUUCCAAGAGACCAUAAUCUGGACUAGAGUCCCCUUUAAGAACAAAUGAUUACAGCAAUUUAGCUUUUAUUUUUGGUUUUCAAAUCUGCUUUCAAUAAUUUAAUAUUCUAUUAUUUUUGUUUUUUAAAGUGAUAUCAGCAUGAACAACAUUACCAAGCUGCCAGAAGGUGCUUUUAAAGGGUUUCCUGAUCUGGAAGAGUUGUAAGUACUAUAUUUUAUUCUUUCAAUUGGUUACUUUUUUUUUUACAUUUUAUUUAUUUUGUUUUUCCCCCCUAUAUUACACAACCCGUAAAACUUUUGGGAACAUUCUGUGUUUGUUUUACUUUAGUACAUGCCUAUCUCCCACUCAAUACUCCGUAUUCGGUCUUAUUAAAGCAAACUCGGAUACGUGUAGGGUGGAAGAAUAAGCAGUUAGACCAUUAUGACAAAGUGAGGGGAAGCUAUUGGGGAUAAAACUUCCCCCUUGACUCCAUCUAGUGGUGAAGGGCAAUUACAGUUGCAGAUGCAGUGAUUAUGGUGCGUCACUGUCGCUAAUAUGAAUGAAAUGUAAGGAGACUGGGGCAAAGGAUCUCCUUGCACCAUAACACAGUGGUUUCCAGUAUUUCAUGGUACUCCUUACUCUAGUUAUUAUUUUUCAAGCCAGGUAAUCUGUAAACUAUAAAGAGCACAAACUACAACCCCUCCUUUCCCCCCAAAAAAAACCAAAUACCUACUAGUAAUUAAAUAUUUUAAAUGUUAAACAUCUCCUAGGCAACAAUUUGUCCUUUUCAGGACUAUUUUGUUUUUAUAUACUUUGACCCAUGAAAUGAUUAAACAAGAAGGUUGGUUUAUAGCUGAGGUUUUAUGAGAGCCUGAAUGCAUGGGGGCACCCAGUGUACCAUACCUUGGAGUAAUUUCCUUAAUUUUGAUUUGAAAAAACCUGCGAUACAAUACAUAUUCUGAGAAAUUUGAAAACUUUUUAGCAACAUUGAUAUGCUCUGCCCCUUGCCUUGUUUGUCUUAAUAUAAAUCUAACCAGCUCUUUAUUUUGAUUGUAUUUUAUUAAAGUAGUGUGAAUUCAAAGUAGUCCAUGUUUAGAAUAUCUAAGUGGGUGGGUGCUUGCUAUGAUAUCUGGAUAACGUUCGUCUGGUUCAUUUGCUGAGAUUGUAAUACAUGCUUUGCAAAUGAUUCCAAUUAGGCACAGCUUGAUAAUAUAUUUGUAGAGGAGUAAAACCAAACUGAUCGCGACAUUCCACCACAAAAGCCUGUAUAUGGUGUAUUCUAGAAACAGAUUAAUGCAGUUAGGCUUUCAGACAGAAAUCCCAUACAGAUGUUGAAUAUCAAAACAUGUUUUCAUGGUUGAAAUUUUGACUUAUUUACGUAUUGGAUUUUAUUUUCUUGUUUUGCUAUUCUAAAUUGAAUGCACUAGACGUGUUAAUUAGACUUGGACUGAUAUGACCUACUUUGUAUAGAAAGAGAGAAUAUCACAAGCCUCCGUGAGAUUAAAUCCUGUUUCAUGCAUAACAGAAAAGGUGUGACGAGCUGAGAAUUUUUAAUUAACCUGUUAGCGUGAAAAAUCUUGUUGCAUGUUGGAAAGAAUUCUACAGACAUUUAUUUCUAUGAUCUAAUUUAAUGAACUAUUGGAAUGUGUAAGUGGAUGAGUGUGUGUAUUUGAGAGGUAAGUGUCAGAGUCCACUUAACAGUCAUGGCUAUGGUUGGCAACCUACAUUACAAGUCACAUCAAGCAGUAUCACGCUGUAAAAUUAGCAUAAUGUAAACUGUAGAAUAACAAUAUAUACUAUAGUGGGCAUAAUAUAAUGUAGGCUAAGCAGCAUGAUGUGGACAUAAUGGAGGUAAAGUGAAAUAUUUGCAGGCAAUGUGGUAUGUGUGCAUAAUAUUACUUAAUAUUUGUACUAAUUAAACUGGGUGUUCUCACAGGCCGGGACAAAAUGAUCUUGAAACUAUUUUAGGUUUACAUUCGCGCAAGCAUUCAGUGUGCACAUACUUUUACAAAAGGUAAACAUUUGCGCAAAAUAUUUCUGCGCCCUACUAAACCAAAAUAGAGGUACCCUCACAGCGACUGUCGAUUGAUUGAUUAAUAUAUGCAUGCAACCGCAGCUUGAGAUUGGAUCUAUAGAGAUACCAUACAGAUAUUGUGUGCAGUCGAAGUAGGAAAAAAAUCUUCAAUAUUAAUUUCUCAAACAAACUUUACUUCUGGUAAUCUCUGCACUUAUAUGAAGCGGUGUGUAAGGAGACUAGGACUGGAGACCUACUAAAACCAUAACCUUUGUAAAAAACAUAUAUCGCCAUGGUGCUCGAAGUGUCCAUUUAAACAUGUGGCAAAAAGGAGACUUGUAUCAUUAAUCUGAUCAGUUUAAUUGCCACUUUAAGCAUCAGCUGUACACCUAAAUAGUCUAGAAUACUUAACCUGUAAUUUUCCUGAAGGCCAUUAUCUCAUCCCCAGCUAUCACCCUAUCAUUAUAUAAUGAUCAGUUAGUGAACAAUACAUCCUCCAUUAUAGUUUUUGUUUUGGACAAAUGAUUGAUUUGAUAUCAGUUAGCAUUGCCUCCAGGAUUCUACAUGGAAUUUUCAGAGUAGAAUGCCAUAGUUAUCCAUUUUAGGGGCUGACAUCAUCAAGGGUGAAAGUCUGACACCUGGAAAGGGUGUGUCAGAGUAUUUGCAUUUAAACCUACUUAAUUUGUUUUAGGAUUAAAAUGUGUUUAAAAAAAAAAUAAUAAUAAUAAUAAUAAUCUUUUCCCCCAUGGUGCAUUAAUCAGAAAAGUGAUCAAUGGAUAAUUGAUGCCUUAGUUAUGGCCUUUUAUGGACACUUCUAAUUGUGCUUCAAUAAGCAGAAACGUACAGGCAAAAAGGUGCUAUUAUGCUGGUUUGCAUGGUACUUGCCCCUUUGUCAGCAAGUUGUCCCCAAAGCACCUCACCCUUAUUCCAGGAAAAACAAUGGGUAGAAAGAAAGAUCUUUAUCUGGCUUGUUAUUUUUUUUUUUUAUCGGAAUUAACACACCACAUAAAGUCAAUUAAGUGACUGGAGGUUGUGUUUAAAUUAAUCUUUUGUUUGUUUUUUUCCUCAGUCUUGUCUAUUUAACUUAAAAUGUAUGUUGAUAUUAUCACUGUAACUGUCAAACGGUAAAUUAAAAAAAGAAAAAUAAAUAUUUCGUCUUUUAAAGAUAUUUUUUGUUCAAUGAUAGAGUUGCAAGCCAAUCAUUGACUACUCGAAUGUUGUGACGUUAUUUAUCAGCUUGUAAUGAAAGUCAAAACAACAGCAAGUUUAUAGUCUAGAAAAUACUGGUUCCUCAUGCUUCAGUAUGUUUAUUUUUUUGAGGAACCCCGUUCAUUACAGGGACAAUCUUGGCACUAUUAUCACUACAUAAAGCUGUAGUGGUUAUGGUGCCAGGCGUUACCCUAGCUUUGCCCACAGUGCAAGCUGUGAAAACGUUUCACCAAAAUACAGACCGAUUUUAGAUACACAAAGAAUGAAAGUAUUUUAAUUCUACACAAUUUGGCUCAUCCAAGCUUGUUACAAGCCUCAAAACCAUUAACCACUACCAGCAUCUACUAGAAAGACCAGUAAUGUUUUUACCCAACAAGUCUGUUUUUGAAAAUACAUUCAUUAACAUUAGACUCCGAGUAUACGGUUAACUCUCUGUUGGCAUACUAUUCUUUUUAAAACUUUAAAGGUAAAACUGUAGAACAGUUUUUUAUAGCACUGUUUGUAGAACUGUGUUUUUAUAGCACAUCCCGAAGACUUUACAAUAUCUAGCAAUUAUUCAUAGGUAGGUUACAGCAGACAGGAAGAUACAUUAUCACAAAUACUGAGUCAAAAUGGAGUAGAGAACUUUGUCUGUUGGGUUUAAUCAAAUGCUUGUAACACUUUUUAUACAAUGUGCAUUUAUGUACCAAAAUAGCCUGCUAUAUCCAUUUUAAUAAUAAAAAAAAAAAAAAAAAAAUUUAAAACAAAUUGCAUGGUUAAUUAUUGUAUGUAUUGUGUGGUUUGUUUUGUGUUGUAAAUGCAUGUGUUUUUCCAGUUUAUUUUUUCUUUGUAAAUAACUCUACAAAUAAAAACAAUGAACUGUGAUUUCACAUUUGUAAUUAUUAGUGUGCUGCGGACACUGUCAAUCUCUUUCCCAAUCUAUGUAAGGUGUGGUUUAUGAAUUGGUGCCAGAUAAGGAAUGCUGUUUUUCAUUACUUAGUACACCUCCUCCGGUGCACCCAUUUAACUUGCUCCUCCUGCGUUGCUGUGCACAGAUCAGGGUGGUCUGUUUUGUUUGUCUGUUUUGGCUGAUGCAGCCUUAACAGACAUGUGCUAAUUGCUUCCAGAUGACUGUCUGUUAUGCAGACAAAAGGGAAUGUUUUUAAAAAGCAUUUACACUGAAAAAUACAAUUGCUCUGUUGAUUUCUCUAGGGGAGGCUAUGGGUUUCCUUUUCUUUUUUUAUUACAAAUGCACCUAUUAUACAUAUCUACCUAAUUUGUUCAGGCACAUCUUUUUUCCUUGCCAGAAGGUGAAUUAACUGCUUUUGAUUGAAGGCUGUUCGUUAAGUGACUACUAUUAUGUAGGCCAUAAAUGCGUAACCGUGCCAUUUUAUUUUACAAUUCUUGUAUAGUGGCAUAUCCACAGCACUUUGCAAAAUGUUUAAUAAUUGAUCUUGCAGCAAUAUCGCGAUUGUCCCUAUUUAGGAAGGACAAUCUUUAUUUUGGCCCAAAAUACCUCUGUCCCUCUUUUAUGUCCUUCUCUUCUCUAGGAGCUCCAUGGUGUGUGGCAGUGUAUAACAGAGCUCCACAGCAAUAAUACUCCCAGUAAUGUGUCGGAGUGUAUAACCGAGCUCCCCAGCAAUAAUACUCCCAGUAAUGUGUCUGAGUGUAUAACAGAUCUCAAUAGCAAUAAUACUCCCAGUAAUGUGUCUGUGUGUAUAACAGAUCUCAAUAGCAAUAAUACUCCCAGUAAUGUGUCUAGGGGUAUAACAGAGCUCCACAGCAAUAAUACUCCCAGUAAUGUGUCUGAGUGUAUAACAGAUCUCAAUAGCAAUAAUACUCCCAGUAAUGUGUCUAGGGGUAUAACAGAGCUCCACAGCAAUAAUACUCCCAGUAAUGUGUCUGAGUGUAUAACAGAGCUUCAAAGUAAUAAUACUCAAACAAAUUGUGUGGCCUACUUGUGGACUUUAAUCUAAUCUUUGUAGCAGUUUUUAGACCUCUAGUGAAUUUACAAUAGGACGAUUACAGAUGUUGUUAAUUACUUUUCCUAAGUAGUAAAGUAGAAAUGUUAAUAAAUAUAUACUGGCCAGUGUUAGCCCUGUUUGACAUAGUGGGCAGAAAAUUUGAAGACUCUGUAUUUUACAAAAUAAGUAAGACCACAGAGCCUAGAUUACAUUGGAGAACACGAUAAAAACCAAAAACCCUUAAACUCGUAAUGUUUAUAGUUGUCUUUAGUCAUUGGUAGAAGCACUGAUUUAAUCACUGCCAUCUUGCAGGAUCUUCUAUCAAAAAGGUAAACAGUAGCCACGUAUUUUAUGUUAGCUUGCUGAACAGUUCGCAAAUUAAGCUAUUCAUUAUUGCUAAGCAUCUAAGCAUUCCCUCUCAUACGGAUCUUGAGACACCUGUACACAUUCGCUAAUACAUAUCUCUUUAAGAAUACUAUGAUUGAAAAAAAAAAAAAAAACCUGUAUGGCCAAAGGGGGCCAUGUUGUACCAUAACGUGUGCUGUCACCCAAGACACGGAAUAAAGGUAACACGAUUAAUGCAUCUGCAUCGAUUUCAUCAUGUUGAUGUGAAAGAUGAGCACUUAGACUGAAUUGGCACAGUUUUAUAUUUGACCAGUUCUAAAAUAUAGACUUGUAGGAGCAGGGCCCCCAACACCUUCUGUUCAUGUGUGUCCAGCUCGUCUUGUACAAUAGACUAACCGACAAGUAUAUGCAACAGCGCUCUGGAAUUUUUUUUGGCACUUUAUAAACAACAAUCAUAAUAAUUAGAAAAUAAACCAACAAACAAGAUGAUUAAAUACAAAAGCAGACGAGGAUUAAAUGCCUCCUUUUAAAACUUGGGGAAAAUACUUUAUUCAAGCCUUGCAGUUUUCUUCUCUGGUCCUAAUAAGUGAUUGUGCCCUAAAUCACACACUGCCAAUUUUUCCGUGAAGGUGUUAAUAGGUUCAUUCAGGUCCUCUCAGACUGAGAGGUGUUAUCUUGGUGCCUGCAAUAUUUGUCUUUUGAUUUCACAAUAUGUGCAGAGCUAUUUGAGCUCAACAUUAGUACAAGUGUGUACUUAUUACAUGCACCUACGCUUUACACCUUGAACUUGUGUUUUUUCCUGAACACUAAGCUGAUAUUGAUUCCUCUGCCACCAUGUGCCUGAAUUUUACUUUUCUUUAAACCUCUCUGCCUUAGGACAUAAAGAAAUUAUUCUUUAAAGGGAUGUUGCGGGAUGGAGUGACCCAUUAAAAAAAUAUUUAAAAAAAAAUUUGAUGCAUUAAAAAUAUAAUAAACAAUGUUACAAAUAAUAAAAAUGAAUAAAUAACAAAGAAAAUAAAAUUGGAUGCUAAUAUUUGAAGUUCCAGCAUGCAUGCAAUAUAAAACUGUCAAAUUCAAUGUCUGAACAGACCAUUUUGUUCAACCAUUCUUAUGUUGCACCCUUAUCCAGAGCACUUCAGGGUUAACCUGGCUGUAGGAAUAACAUCUACCAUAAGCAGAUUCAUGUUCAUUUCUGAACUCUCUAAACUGUUUACCUACAUUUGUAUUUGAUUUCUGUAUCUAUAUUGAAUCUAGUUACAGGGCAGUUUAGUUUUUUCCUUAGAAAAAAAGUACAUUCUGGCUUUAACCGUUUAAUUUUAAUAUGGGUGCAAAUUAGAAUGACACGUUUUGUAGAAAGCAGGAGCCAUUCAAAUUUUUGUUCAUUUGUCCCGGAAGAUGUUCAGCUACAGUGAUUAUCAUAGAAUGCACAAAACCAGACCAAAAGUCCACUUUAUUUUACAGCGACGUAACAUCACCUCUUUGCUUUGCAAAGUUCACAUCAAGGUGUUGAGAUCCGCACAGUGAGCUCUUUUUCUCUCCUGACCUGUCGUGGCAGACAUGGACAACAACUACUUGAAUCUGAGCACGCACGUCCGUGUGAGCGGGAUUCAAAUCACCUAUAGUUUCUGUUUUGACUAUAUUUGUUAUCACAUUUUUGUGUACACAUUGUGCAAUUCACAUGUUUAAUGCACAAGUAAAAACCUUAUGUUGCUAUUAUGUUGCGGUUUUAGUAUAAGUAAAUAUUUGUAGAACCCUUUGUUUCCUUUUGCUCAAGUAGCAAUGAAAAAUGUCGGUUUAAUAACAUAAAUAUUUCAUAAAUGUUUUUGUAUUUAUUUUUUCAUUGGCAUUAUGUUCAGUGAUAGCCUUCUCUGGGCAAACGUGACAACAUAUGUCCUAUUAAUUUUUUAUUUAUUCUUUUCCUGGACUAGAUGGUUAUGACGCACAGGUCCUUAACCGGCUAAACAAUCUCUCUGCAUUACUGCCCCGUUUCUUAAUAUAUCUGGUACAUGGAUCUUGUGAUAAAUAGUCUUCUUAAAACAUAAAACCACUAUCUAAGUCGUGCUAAUCCUCAGUGAUAGUUCAGCAAAUUGCUCAACCGCGCAACUCACUGUGGAAUGAUGCAGACCCUUGAGUGGUUUACAACUUUUUCCCUUCCAACCGUAAUAGAACUAUGGGGUGCAUGUAGAGGGAUAGUACUCUUUGCCAGUGGAGAAAAUAUAGAUUAAGAAAAUGCAUGUGGUAUUGAGGAGCCUUCUUUUCCGGCGGAUUUUAGCAUUAUAAAGAACUCCAAAUAUUGACAAAUUGAUUAAUCUGGCCUCCAAAGAUGUGAUAUCCGAGCAGAGAAUCUAUUAUUGCUCAAUAUAUUUACGGUGAAGGCAAAUUACGGUUUGUCCUUUAUGUUGAAAUUCACAGACUGAAAAAUUCAGACCGACUGUGUGCAAUGCCCAAAAAGUUGAAUACUUUGCUUUGUUAUUUUUCUCCUACGAAGGAAACAUGAAGGCAACGUCCAUGUUAAGGAGUGAAAAGGAGCAUUGAACUCUCAUUCACAUGUCAAGAACGGAUGAGUUAAGAUAUAUUCCACGUUCACAUAUACAUCUAUAUCUAUAUAUAUCUAUCUAUAUAUAUAUAUAUAUAUAUCUAUAUAUAUAUAUAUAUAUAUAUAUAUAUAUAUAUAUAUAGAUAGAUAUAGAUAGAUAGAUAGAUAUAGAUAUAGAUGUAUAUGUGAACGUGGAAUAUAUCUUAACUCAUCCGUUCUUGACAUGUGAAUGAGAGUUCAAUAUAUAUUUAUUUAUUUUGGGCACUCAAUAACGGUUUGCACAACCAUUUGUCUCCGUUUUAUGAUGUCUAUUCCUGCAUACAAGUGUACAGAUACUCUUAACAAAAUAACCAAAAAUACAAUCUACAGAAAAAUAUUGACAUGAACUCACCAGUGUUACAAAAUGAGACUCCAUGUUUGUCUGUAUUAUAGUAUAGGACCAGCCAUGUUAGGCAGGUCUGUGAUUGGAAUAUGGAGAAGAAAAUAUGCUGGGAAAUGAUUGGGUAUUGACACAAUUGGCAUCAUGGGUUGCAUGUCAUUGUGCAGACCCAGCGGAUACAGGCUGCCUGGUAGGGUAGAUUGUAAAGGCAGUACAUGCUUAGUGUCACUGAAGAGCUGUCUUGUGGGCUGGAAUACCCUGUACUACAUCCCAAGUGUCACAAGAAUGUGUUUAGACGUGUUCGCCCUUCACUUUGCCGCUCUAUGACAGAGUGUAUGUUGGGUGAUGUGGAACUCUGUCCAACUCGUGUUUUGGCAUGUUUAAAUUCUGUGACCGAAAAACCUUGUGAAAUUGUGGUUGAUGGUUUUAAAAUAAGAAGUCCUAUCCAUUUAUUAUAUGUUUAGAGCUGUGUAAUACUUUAUACUGUUUGUCUAUUUGGAGCUUUGAAAACAAAGACAUUUCUAAAAACAGGUGAAAAAAGGUUAUCCAUUCUUAUAGACAAGAAUGUUGGAUUCAUUAUUCAAACAAGAAAAGGCAAAUUCCCAGAUUGUAAGCUUUUCUUUGGACAAUUCUGUGUCGUCAUGAUGCCAUUUCAUAUGCUGACGCUUCUAAAGAAAUUAUGAACUAUGGGUUUUAACUUCAAAUAUGCUGAGAUUAGGUUGGGUAAAUUAACUUUUUUUUUUAUUUUUUUUAUUUUAUUACUUUAUCUAUUAUUGCUAGAGAACCUGCUCUGUUAAUCAUUGUAUUAAUCAAUUUGAAAAGUUAUAAAGCGACAUUUGAAACUCUAUAAUCACCACACUCUCUGUAGUGCUUAUAGUUUAAGAAAAAUUUAGGUGGGAUCCAUUCAUUUUAUAUUCCACAGUUUUGGGGUGGAUAGACCAAAAAAGAAAUAUUGCUCUCUUCCAUAAUUAAAGUUUAGUCACUCUGACAGUGUGAAAGAUUCGCUUCUACACGGUCAGUCCAAAGUCACUUAACCAAAGACCACUAGGAUAGGUUGUGAGUGCUGUGGGAGUGUGGAAAUGAAGCACUUCUAGUGGCCAUCUGAGGAGUGGCAAUUAGAGAUGUCCCUAGGCAGCAACAUUGCCUUCUAAUUAAGCUGUAGUCAUUUUUGGUGCCUAUAGGGUCCCUUUAAACUUGAAAUUCACUUUGAAUUCACAACAAUUGGUGAAUAAUUAUUUAUUUUUUUUGUACGAGUCCUUUAACAUAUGCAUGUAGAAUUAAAAUAAAUAAAAACCAGAGGACAGAAGAUUGGGGCUAUACAAAUAAUAUAUAUAUAUUAUUUUUUUUUUUUUUUGUGUGUGUGAUCUAUUUAGCAAGCUACAUUUGUCCACCUCUAUUCUAUCAUAUAAGGCCUUGAUCCUGUAUCUUCAAUAUUAUAUAUAUAUAUAUAUAUAUAUAUAUAUAUAUAUAUAUAUAUAUAUAUAUAUAUAUAUAUAUAUAUAUAUAUAUAUAUAUAUAUAUAUUUAUAUUUAUAUUUAUAUUUUUUAAAUGAUGACCCGUAGGCAAGCCAAAAUGUAAUCUUCUAUUUUCUCUGCCCAGAUGUAUAUUUAAUCCAGCCUCGAAGGUUUGCGUGUAAUACUAAUAAGAGUCAGCCCUCCUCCUCCCCCUAAUUAUGAGGUCCUUGACCCUCAUAAGGCAGUUAGUCCAUCAACGACAUAGUAAUAUUUGGCAGACAUGUUAGCAGAACCUUUGCACACUUGGCCAGUUGUAUCCUGUUUCCUGGACGAUUGCCAGAGAGGAGAAACGGAAGUUGAGUGAAUUGCUGUCUUCUCUUACUUGGUUUAGCAUAGUGAAUAAACAUGAUUUGCCUUAAGGUAAGCUAUACAUAUCUACUUAAAGUCACGCAACAGCAUGUUCUCUGGGUUCCAGCGUGUUCACCUCACAAUGAGCCGUAGCACUGACUUCCAUUUAUUUUGUUUUGGUUUUGACCUGAAUGUAGCAGUUAUUUCAUCCAAUUAGGAGCAUUGUUAUGUCUAGUCUAUACGGCAUCAGAUAACCGUGCCUAACAUAUAUAGAGAAAAUAUAUAAAUAAGAAAUUGGGAAUCACUUAAAAUCUUUGGCCUGUGUGGGUUUUUUUUUUUUAGUUAUUGCUAGAUUUUGCUGAAAAGGAGAAAAUAAUGGGCAACUUAUUAUUGGGCCCCCAGUGCGAUUUCUUUCCUUUAUAUUGAUGUCAAAAUACUUGCCAGGUAGAAACACUUCCUCAAGCCCUGACUUGUCGUUCGUUUUAUUUCCUGCUUUGGAUAAUCCGGAAUCUGUUCGAAGUGUUCAUGAAUCAAUGCUCUGUUUACAUCUGUCAAUAAUGCAUUCAUGGAAAAUCCUUCUAGUCAUGCUAUCACUUACACGAUCACAUUAGAGGAGCGCUCUAAUUUUAAAUAUUUAUUUUUUAAAAUGUUAAUUUGCUAAAUUAUAAUACUAGUGCUCCUUUUUUGAUUUUAUUUAUUUUUUUAAAUUGAAAUAAUGCUAUUAUAUUUAUUUGUAAUCCAGUUCCAAGUUGGUCCUCGCAGUAGUCCAAUCCUCCUCCAGUGACAUCAAUAUUGAUGACAUGCAUCCAAUUAAAUGCAUUGAGCACAUACAACGCAUGCACGGAUAUCACCUCGAAUUGUAUAUCCAAUUCAGGAUCAUGAUACUUUACUUGCUGAUGCCAGAUAUAAAUGGUUUUGUUAUUGAAUCUAUUUUAGUUCAAAGCCACUAGUGACUGUAUGUCCGAGAGCCACUAAUGCUGUUUAUCAGAAUGGCACAGUUUUGAUCAGCAAAGAUGCAGGGGGCAGUAUCUAUGCGCCAAAAUGACUUCAUUAAAGGUUCCAUUAGAACCUCAUCUUAUUUCAUUUGUGCUGAUGUAUGGAGGUUCUGGGCACCAUUAUACCUUAAGUGGUUAAACUGUUUUAUGAAUGGUGUAACUCCAGAAAUGCCUAGACAUUUUCCGUACAUUCAUCUUUCAUGUAUGUUCCUCCAUGGGAAACCCGCGAUCGCCAAUGCUCUCAGCCUACAACUUGCGCCCCUGUCUUAGGCUUCCUCAUUGAAGCAGAGGGUGGAGGACAGUGCCCAAGAUCUUCAACAACUUUUAUUGAGAUGAAGUUAGUGUAGUGUAGUGUCAGCAGUGUUUCUGCUUAGUCUGUCCUUUUUACUCCACUGCAAGAUUCUAAUGCGUCAGUGGAAAUUAUGCAGAGUAGAUUGUAGUAUUUACAGUUAUGGAAAUGCCAAUCAAACAUAUCCAUAUCCAGUGUGUGUGCGUAUAUUAUUCCUUUAUUGUAUAUUAUUUAUUAUAGACAUAAAACCACAUCGCCGCAGUAACAAUUCCUUACUUUCCUUGUACAACAUUUAUUUGAUUUGUGGAUUGCAUACAAGUUUAACAAAUCAAAAUAAAAUGCAAUUUAACUCUACUUUCUGCAGUUAAUCUUGAUCAUCCCCCAGAGUGGAGAAUGAUUGUACUUCACUAUGAGUUUUACCCCCACCAGAAUAGGUGAUGCAUUCAAACGAGCAAUUACACCGACAUUCUGAGUCUCAUGUUGGUAUUAAACAACAUAUGGAAUCGGGAAGAUUGGAAUAUGAUCCUUCUGGCCUGGUGCUUUCUUUCUUUUUUCUGUUUUUCCUUUCUUCCUUUCAUAUGAUCCAAAGGGAGAAAACCAUAUCCUUUAUGGUUUGUUUUAAAAUAAAUAGAUUGAUGCUGCACUAAAGUCUGACACACAAACAUUCUGCAGUUGUGGAUUGUUCUAAGUGAUGCAACUGGGAAUAUUAGCAGACAAAGGAAUGGUUGCGUUUUGUCUUUUCACCUCAUAUUUAAGCAUUUAAUUCUGAAGAACAUGUUAUCUACUUAUGUAAUCGUGUGUGUGUACACGCUCAUGAGACUUCUCCCUUCCUUUGAUACCUGGGGCUCUAAGAGUCAAUAAAUUGUUUACUUCUUGCUGUAAACAAUCCUAUUUUGCUGUUGGGAGUUCUCAAAAAUUGCUUAUAAAACUGUUUAGAAGGUUUAACCCCGAAUAACAAGGAAUUGUGUUGCAACCACAAGGCGUUGGGUUGUUGGCUGUACACGUAAGAAAUGUUGCUGCAGAGUUGGUAGUUUGCCUGAAACCUGCAGGACUUGGCACGUCAAAACCUUCAAAGCACCCUGCUGAGUACGGUCGCUGUGUGCAGAUGGUUACAGACAACUUUUGAUUUUCCCAGAAAAUAGCUGGAAAUAAAGUGUGUACUUCUUUUAGUGUAAUUGUAUGCAAAGUACCUUUUACCUCGCUCGUAAACACCAUGUGUUAAAUCAAUUAGUGCACAAUUAUUAACACUAUCCCCUGACUAACCGCCUCAAAACAAAUUAAUGAAGCUGAUGGUGUUUACUAAGGAAGGAACACAUCUUACCGUGUAAACUGAUAUCGUGUUGGCAGCUUAGGAGUCUGGAUUACUAGGUGAGCCACAUUUUAGCACUUCUCGAAUUCAGCAUUCAGUAAAGGCUUGAUAUUUAAGCCUUACUGCAGCCUAGAUCGGACCACACAGCGAAUGUUUAUCAGGAAGCGGGCAAAGUAGAGGGAAAACAAGCAGAAAUGCAACCUCUGUGCACAGGAACGCAUUACUUGAAGAGAUUCCUGGUUUUGUUAAUCAGUUUAUGUAGCCGUUCCUCCAUGUCUUCAUAAUGUGUCUUUUAUGAGCAUGGCUUGGGAUUUUGAAGACUAAUCUAAAAAUCUAACUCAUUCCCUUCUAAAAGGGAUUGAGAAAUGGAUUGUAGGAGAAAUGCAUUUCUCUUACAGUUCGGAAUCUAGUAUGUAAUUUAUUAUUAGUUAUGAUGGUUAUUAUGAUCAUUGGUAUUUAUUUAGCGCCAGCUUAUUCCGCAGCACUUUACAUUAAAAGGGGAAUUUUAACAAAUGAGACAAAACGAAAUGUUACAGGAUAUAGAUGAGGACCUGGCUCAAACGAGAUUACAGUGUAGUGUUUGUUUUUUGGGGGGAGGGGGGGGGUUAUUUGUUUUUUGCGCCCAUUUGGAAAGCUUUGCUUGGAUGCCUUGAAUUUCUCAUUUAUUAGUAGGAAAAAUACUAAACUAUGUUCUAUGUGUUGUCUUUUAUGCUGGUAAAUGUCCUCACUUCCAUACAGAUCCCAUCUGAGAUGGUUGAUAAGGAUGUCCUUUGUGAUCUUCUGGAUUUUUAACAGUGGUUAAUUAAUUGGUUACCGCAGAUUCAGUAAAGUGUCAAAAGUAAAAUUUGAAGGUAGCAUCCCAUGUUUAACAAUCCUAAACUUCGAUCAAAGGGUAAAAAAAAGAGGCUGGUCUUUUAAUUAAUGGAUCAAUAGUGUGCUUUGGAAGAAUGGAAGCAAUACAUGCAGAUUUGAAUAAAGUUAAAAAAACAUGGGACCAGACUGGUGGAAUAUUUUAGUCAAGAGGAGGAAAGGGCAUGAUUGAUAUGUGAAUUGAGAAAAGUCGAGGGGUAAGAGGACGGAGUCUGCAGAGUCUCGUUUUCAGUGAACCUGGAGUAAAUAUUUAGGGUAGAAGAAGGAAAUUAAUUUUAAGGAGACUAUUGAGGUCAUUAUAUCAUUAACCCCUUAAGGACCAAACUUCUGGAAUAAAAGGGAAUCAUGACAUGUUGCACAUGUCAUGUGUCCUUAAGGGGUUAAUGUCUGUUUUUAACUAUACGGUCUGUGGAGAUAUAAAAUAGUUGUACAGAUCUUUGGUGCCAAUGACCGAAGUAAAUAGUGGAGUUUGCUCAGGAUGAAAUAGGGCUGAACUGUAUGAUCUUUUCAUUAAUUUAAUUUAAUUUAAUAAACCAUGUAGUCAUGUAGUAAAAUACUUUUUUCCUUGUUCAAUAACAGCCUGUUAAGUAACAAGUUAAUUGUGUGUGACAAAAUUGGAAUUGUAACUGCAACAAAUAGCAGGUUUUGGAUGGCUCUGUUUUCUCACAAUGUUGCACGCGGAGACAGGUUUAUUUGCAACGGAGAAAGUCAGAUAUACAUCAGAGGAGAGGCUGUGAAUCGGACGAGAAUUGUUGCAGAUAGAGUUGUAGUAUCUGCCAAAGUGAGAUGGGUUAGGUGUACAAAGGUGAUCCAGGUGUGUAUUAUAAACUAACAGAUGGGGAACAGAGAGAGAGGAAUGUGUGCAUUAGGAAAGAAAAUCAUUCUAAAAAGUUGGAUAACUGGCUUAGACCGAAUAAUGCAGAGAUGUUGAUACAAAUGAAUAACCCACCACAUAUAAGAAGCAAUGUCUGUUAAGAAAUGUUAGGGACCCAAGGUUUCUGUCAUAACUGGUUAGCAUUGUGCCAUUUCUCCUAUUUUCUAGAUCUAAACUUGUGUCUUUAAUUGAAUUCUAGCAUUUUUUAAGUUUUUAUUUUUUAUUUUUUAAAUUCGAGUGAUUUAAACAUGGUCAGGUCAUAGUCAUUUCACCCUAACCGCAACUUUAAUUUUUGUUUGCAGAUUAUCCUAUAUUUUUGUAGAUACAGUAAUAGCUUCACAUGCCCUGCCUACAAAUACACUAAUAUUUUUUUAAAUUUCGAUCUGAUCUUCAGUCUGUGGGUAGCUGUUGGUACAGGGGAGGAUGACGGGUGGGGGACUAAUUAGAAUCUUAUUACAUUUUUCUGGUAACUGGACUCUUCUUAACUUGUUCUCUCCUUAGUCUGUCCAUGUAGAAAGCUGUCUCUACCACUGACAAAUAGGGUGGACGCCAGAUGGUCUUGAGUAGUUGUUUUUAAAGUGGGUCUAGUGAUUGCUUUGUUGACAGUUCUGCAGACACACUGAUUGAACACUGGCAAAAUUGCAAGAAAAAAAAAAAUCAUCUUAAUGACCUUUCUAAUUCUUUUGUGAAUCUCGGCUAGUAGUUCUAAUUUGUAACUUUUCCAGCACUAAUUUGGAUAAAAUGUGUCCCUUUCCAUUACCGUUCACUAUUGGGAUGUGAUAAAUUACAGAUCUAUUCAUUCAUUUAAUAAUGACUUUAGCAAUAUACAUAUAUUUCUUUUUUCAUAAUAUCUUCUUUAACAAUAGAUUACAUGCACCCAUUGGUUUAUGUUUGUGCCUCCCAACCCCUCCGUCCCUUAUAACUCUAUUUAAUUGUAUAUAUUUUUUUUCAGGCGACUGGCGGGCAACGACCUCUCUUUCAUCCAUCCCAUGGCCUUGUCUGGCCUGAAAGAACUCAAAGUUCUGUAAGUAAUUUUGCAGUAUUUGUAGUAAUUACCGGUACAUGCUCUCCCUGCUCUGUCAGCACAGCAGCCUUUUUUAUUUUUGUUUUAACUCUCUUGAACCUGGUGGGAUCUCUGAUAAUCUAUUGGUUGCUCAGUAUCCAACUCCGCUAUUGAAUUGACAAAUGAAGGAGUCCUGAUAAAAGUGGGUUAUUGUUUUAUUACUAUUAAAUUUGUACCGUUCUGCACAGAGAUGUUCCCAAAAAGCACACAUUAUUGUGAAAAAGAGAAAGCUAGCCACUUGUAUAUAAAAGGGCAUUUUGUAACUCUUAAACAUUUCUAUAAAUGCUACAAUUUCAUAAACUUUUUUUAAACUGAGCCAAUCCAGGUAAAUGGGAAAGAAAACAUAAUUCAGUUUAGUUGAGCUAAACUUUAUAUCUGAUCACACUAGCCGAACUGCUAGAAAUAUAUAAACAUACUAAGAGUCAUUUACUAACCAGCUCUUCCCAAUAAAAAUAAUGGAAAUUUGUGCAUGCGAGAAAAUAAAAUCACAAUAACAUCCAUUGUCCUAAGUUUCCUACUUGCACUUUCACCUCUGAAAUUGAAUUGGUUGAGCGGAAAAAAGUCUUGUGUUUUAUACAGUUGAGGCAAAAAUAAGGAAAAUGAAAUAAAACAUCCUUUACCAAUACGGCGAAUAUAAUUGUGCUAUUGUGAUCUGUUGUGAAUAAAAAUUCACACGGUAAAUUUCAUUCACCGCAAAUAGCAAGUUAAAAGAAUACUUUAUGGCCAGAGUUCUACUUACGUUCUAAUUUCUAAAUAUCUGUGCUGUUAUAAAAUAAAUAGCCAACUCCCUUUUUUAAUUAGUAAAUAAUUAUUAGUGCUAAAUGCAAAAUGGGUUGCGAUUGAUGCUUAACACACAAAAAAGUGAUGAUUGCAGGUUAAACCUUUUUUAUUUUUGCACGAUUUAAACAUUUGCUUCCUACGGUGUUUGUUUCAAAUCAAUAAGAAAGUAUGCAUUUGUGUUUUGUUUAUUUCCAUUUUCAUUUAUAUUAGCGCUCUUAACCUUAAUUAUUAAACCGUUUAGAUUGGUGUAUUUGUUAUGUCUCUGCUUUGUCUUACAACACAUUGUGAGUGUAUAUAUAUAUUUUUUCUUUUUAGGACGCUCCAAAAUAAUCAGCUGAAGACAGUCCCCAGUGAAGCUAUGAAGGGACUGACUGCUUUGCAGUCACUGUAAGUGUUUCUAAACCAUCACGCAUUCAUUUUUAAUUUGGUACAACCUGUUCUGCUCUGUCUUAGCUGGCUACAUGUGUCUGGUGUGGUUUUGUUUUUUUGCUUUUAUAUAAAUGAACUUUGUCACAAAAUACAUUAUAACCUAACUUCUACAAUGCACCAUAGUGGUUAAGGUGCCAGACGUGCCCUUGCUCCCCCUAAUGUAAAUACCGGAAUGCUCUCUGCUGAUGCUGUCAUCUACAAGGCUUAUCACAGGAGAGCCAAUGAAAGCACCUAGCACGAGCGAACGGCUUUCAAUGAUGGAAUAGGAAAAGUAAGGUCCAGUAGACUCCAGGUUUCAUUGGCAACUUACUUUCAGGAAGGAGCCAGGGCACCACAAGCACCGUAGCUAAUUCAGCGUGCUUGGAGUGUUCCUUUAUUGUUAGUUCAAAGGAUAGCCAUGCAAUACAUCUUGCAACGGAUUGUCCAAUCCUUUUGCUUCAAUUUAAUUAACAUAAUUUGCCUUUUUUGUCUCCUGUAAUAUGUAAAAUAGCUUUAGUAAUGAUUGCAAUACUGCUUUUUUUAAAUUAUUUAUUUAUUUUUUUAUAUGUGACCCUUUUUCUAUCUUGCUAUAGUUUGUAAGGAAGUGGGUUUUGGUUAGUUUAUAUGUACAUUUGCUGCAUAUAGAAUUUUCAAGCAGUUUGAUACAAACCGGGGGAUUGGUCAUGACCCAAUGAGAUGUUCUAGACAACUACAUUUAUUUGUUCUAGGGGUGCUAGAACAAACGAAAUGCCUUUUAAUCUAUAUACAGGUGAAUCAAUUCGUACAAGGCUCACUUGAGAAGUCUGAGGAGACCUAAGACUCUUCGGAUUAAUCUCGAACAAAUAGAUUCGCCUGUAUAUAGAUUAAAAGGCAUUAUAUUCAUUCUGUUCGCCCGGAACAAAUACACGCAUGUUUAGUUUCACUCACUUUUAUACCUUUUAACAUUGCCUUAUAGCAGUUAACCAUUUCUGUACAGAAUCUAGUCAUUGUCCAUUACACUGCAUAGAACGUUGACAUAGUUGUUGAGGUUGAAAAAACUAAAAACCAUGAAGUUCAACCUUGAAAUCCAUUCUUUUAUGCUAUUGAUACGAAAUAAGACAAACAUUAUCCUAAACCAUAUUAUCCAUUUCCAAAUAUUAUUAUGAUAUUUAUAGAGCGCCGUCAAAUUCCGCAGCGCUUUACAAUGGGUGGACGAACAGACAUGUAGUUGUAACCAGACAAGUUGGACACACAGGAACAGAGGGGUUGAGGGCCCUGCUCAAUAAGCUUACGUGCUAGAGGGAGCGGGGUAAAAUGACAUAUAAAGGUAAGGAUAGUAUUAGACUAGUGACAGUUGCAGAAGAGGAAUCAGUCAGGAGCUAUUAACAGUUUAAUUGAUACGCUUUUAUGAAGAAGUGGGUUUUUAAAGAUUUUUUUGAAGGAGUGGAGACUGGGUGAGCAUCUAACGGAGGAGGGAAGCGAGUUCCACAGGAAUGGUGCAGCCCUCGAGAAAUCUUGAAGGCGAGCAUCAGAGGUGGGAGUACGGACAGAAGAUAACGUAAGUCUUCAGCAGAUUGUAAGGGCCUAGACGGGACAUACUUGUGUAUAAGGGAGGAUAGAUAGGUGGGAGCAGCAUUAUGUAGAGAUUUGAAAGCAAGAACCAGAAUUUUAAAUUGAGCUCUAUAUUUUAUAGGAAGCCAAUGUAGGGACUGACAGAAUGGUGAGGCAUGGGAGGUGCGGGCGGUCGGAAGAUGAGCCUCGCUGCCGCAUUCAUUAUGGACUGUAAUGGUGCAAGUUGGGAGCACGUAAGACCAAUGAGAAGUGGAUUACAGUAGUCAACGCGAGAAAGGACAGUGGAAUGGACCAACACCUUAGUCGCAUCUGGCGUUAAGUAGGGGCGGAUGCGCGCAAGUUUUUGAGAUGGAAAUGACAAGAUUUGGCAAUAGAUUGAACAUGAGACUUGAAGGAGAGGUCGGAGUCAAAGAGAACACCUAGGCAGCGAGCCUGCGUGGUGGAGCUGAUGGUAGCACCGUUGACUUGGAGGGAGACAGACACAGGAAUAACAACACUUGAGGGAGGAAAGACCAGAAUUUCAGUUUUGGUCAAGUUUAGUUUAAGGAAGUGGGCAGCCAUCCAGUUAGAAACAGCAGAGAGGCAGUCAGAGAUACUAGUCAAGAGGGACGGGGAGAGAUCAGGAGAGGACAGGUAGAUUUGUGUGUCAUCUGCAUAGAAAUGAUAUUGGAAGCCAAAUUAGCUAAUGAGUUUACCAAGAGAGGCCGUAUAGAUGGAGAACAGUAGGGGACCAAGUACUGAACCUUGGGGGACACCAACAGAGAGGAGUUGGGAAGAAGAAGCCUGACCCAAAUCAAGUAAGUGUUUGAAGGGUUAUUUCAUGGAUGAGGGGCAGUUGGACACUUUAGUGUUAGGAAUACAGUUUUCAAUUUCUAAUGUUAUAGUGUUAUUUUAACAUCAAAUAUGUCCUUGAAUUUUCUGUUUAUGCCCAAAAAAAAAAAUCCAAGACUUUUAAUAAUAUAUAUAGAAUUUGGUAAGACCUCACAGUAAGAACAAUACGGAUGUGGAAUUCUCUACCAAACGAGGUUAACAGAGGUUUUACCAUGUCUAAAUGGAUGUAGAGAUGCUGUAAGGUUAAAUCCUCCUGUAGCCUAAUGCACCAAAUCUCUAUAGCAAUGCGUGCUCACGCUGUAAAAAUAUUUUGGACACAUAAUGGAAUAAUUGAACUUCCUUAUUAUGACAUCUCCACCAGAUGGGAGUAGUGCAGGCAAAUCCCCCAGUUUUUGUGAAAGCACUUGAAUAUGUUUUGACAAAAAACAAAUAGGACUUCAUCCGUAGCCUCCAAACACUAUAACCACUACAAUCAGUUGUAUCUGUUUUGGUACUUGAAAUGCCCUUUAACAUAUAAAUAAAAAUAGAUGGGCUUCACGGCAAUCUCAGAUGUGGCAUAACUGUCCGGAUCUGGGAACCCUGUCUCCGUUUUAAUUUUAUUUUUUUUCUUCCUGUGGUUUUCUGCUUUUGUAGUCACUAGCGAAAUGUCCCAAAUGUCAGAGAAUGAGGCCAUAGCAGGGUAUUUCUACCAGAGUGGUUACUCUGAGCUCUGCACGUGGGUAACCCUAUGACCUUCUUGCCAGUUCUACAGCUCUCUCGUCUCCUUUUUUCCGGUUUUGUACCUCUCUGUGUUGGAAGUUAUGAAAACAAAAUGUAACCAUCUAUAAAUACAGUUCUUCUCCUACAAUCUGCAAACUAUAAUUUUGUAACUUUAUAUUAAAAAAAAAGAUUCUAAAGCACUUUGGUCUUCAGCGAGUUAAACAGAUGGAGCUACCAGAGUUUCUUAACAGAUAUUUACUUGAACUUUAUUUCAAAGCUCUUCCAGCUUCUUGACCUAUAAAAUGUAAAUGUUUUGGCAGUAGUAUUUCCAAGAAAAGGUGUUUAAAAUGAAUUAGACUUUUGGCCUCUGAAAAAAAUGUUGACAGCUCAGAUAAAGUGCAGAACAUUCCGACCCCCUGAUCUCUUUAUUCACAGUUCUCUCCCUUAAAUUUCCUUUUCAUUCUUUUCGCUUUGCUUUCUAAAGUCGCUGGAAGUACGAAAAUCUGAAUACUGGUGAAAAGGGCCCCAGGUUCAUGUUCUGUAAGCGUAAAAAAAACUGUUCAGCUGGCAGAGAAUAGAAACUUAUGAGGUUAUAAAAUCUUCUCUACACUAUAAUUUAAUCUAUGGCGAGGUCUAUUUUUGUACCCUAAAACUUACACCCAUUACAGAUCGUUGAACAACUACUAUUUGUGUGUUGGUUAGUCUAAAUAUGAAAUGCAUCGCACUGGGCUUUAACUGUUGCAUCGCCAACGGAACAUCUUUACAAUUUUAGCUUCAUAAUGUCUGCUCUCGUUGUGCAACCGAACUGAAAUUGAAAAUUGAUGAUCUGUUUUGAUCAAAAAUGAAUUUACAUGGUAGCAUUAGGAUGGUCCAUAAAUACUGUAUCACCGUAUCCUACUGUACUGCUACCAAAUGUAAGAUGAUAAACGCUGCCAUUUGACAGGGUUGCUGAUAGAAUGCUGGGCACCAGUGCUUAUGACAUUUUAUUUACUUAUUUCUUUACAAAUGUUCUUGUUGCUCAACUAUUGCUUCUAAAUCUAUUGUAUACAUAUCGUAUAGUAAUAUAUACAUUUUAUCUAUAUAUAUCUUUUUAUAUAUAAUUUUCAUUCAUAUAUACAUAUAAAAAAUAUACACUGAACAAAAUUAUAAACGCAACACUUUUGUUUUGCCCCCAUUUUUCAUGAGCUGAACUCAAAGAUCUAAGACUUUUUUUAUGUACACAAAAGGCCUAUUCCUCUCAAAUAUUGUUCACAUAUCUGUCUAAAUCUGUGUUAGUGAGCACUUCUCCUUUGCAGAGAUAAUCCAUCCACCUCACAAGUGUGGCAUAUCAAGAUGCUGAUUAGACAGUAUGAUUAUUGCACAGGUGUGCCUUAGGCUGGCCACAAUAAAAGGCCACUUUAAAAUGUGCAGAUUUAUCACACAGCAUAAUGCCACAGAUGUCACAAGUGUUGAGGGAGGAAAUUUGCUUGCUGACUGCAGGAAUGUCCACCAGAGCUCAUUUCUCUACCAUAAGCCAUUUUCAAAGGCGUUUCAGAGAAUUUGGAAGUACAUCCAACCGGCCUCACAACCGCAGUCCACGUGUAACCACACUAGCCCAGGACCUCCACAUCCAGCAUCUUCACCUCCAGGAUCAUCUGAGACCAGCCACCCAGACAGCUGCUGCAACAAUCGGUUUGCAUAACCAAAGAAUGUCUGCACGAACUUUCAGAAACCGUCUCUGGGAAGCUCAUCUACAUGCUCAUUGUCCUCAUCCGGGUCUCGACCUGAUGCUGUUCGUCAUCGUAACCGACUUGAGUGGGCAAAUGCUCACAUUCGAUAGCAUCUGGCACUUUGGAGAGGUGUUCUCUUCACAGAUGAAUCCUGGUUUUCACUGUAUAGGGCAGAUGGCAGAAAGCGUGUAUGGUGUCGUGUGGGUGAGCAGUUUGGUGAUGUCAACUUUGUGGUUCAAGUGGCCCAUGUUGGCGGUUGGGUUAUGGUAUCGGCAGGCGUAUGUUAUGGACAACAAAUACAGGUGCAUUUUAUUGAUGGCAUUUUGAAUGCACAGAGAUACCGUGACGAGAUCCUGGGUCCCAUUGUUGUGCCAUUCAUCCAUGACCAUCACCUCAUGUUGCAGCAUGAUAAUGCACGGCCCCAUGUUGCAAGGAUCUGUACACAAUUCCUGGAAGCUGAAAACAUCCCAGUUCUUGCAUGGCCAGCAUGCUCACCGGACAUGUCACCCAUUGAACAUGUUUGGGAUGCACUUGAUCAGUGUAUACGACCGCGUGUCCUGCCAAUAUUCAUCAACUUCGCACAGCCAUUGAAGAGGCGUGCACCCACAUUCCACAGGCCACAAUCCGCAACGUGAUCAACUUUAUGCGAAGGAGAUGUGUUGCACGGCGUGGAGCAAAUGGUGGUCACACCAGACUCUGACUGGUUUUCGGACUCCCCCCAGAUCCCCUCAACACAGUAAAACUGCACAUUUUAGAGUGGCCUUUUAUGGUUGCCAGCCUAAGGCACACCUUUGCAAUAGUCAUGCUGUCUAAUCAGCAUCUUGAUAUGCCACAGUGUGUGUGUAACUGCCCGUGUGUGUGUAACUGUUGUCUGUAAGUGUGUGUGUAACGGUCUGUCUGUAACUGUGUGUGUGUGUACCUGCCUGUAACUGUGUGUGUGUGUGUGUGUGUGUGUGUAAUGGUCUGCCUGUAACUGUGUCUGUGUGUGACUGUCUGUAACUGUGUCUGUGUGUGACUGCAUGCCUAUAACUGUGUGUGUAACUGUGUGUGACUGUCUGCCUUAGACUGUGAUGCUGCCUGUAACUGUGUGUGUGUGACUGAUAGUGAAUAAAGUGAUAAGUGCUCUCUAUCCAAUAAAGAGUGUGUGUGACUGUCUGCCUGUGAGUGUGUGUGUGUGUGUGACUGUCUGUCUGCGUGUUACUGUGUGCGUGGCUGCCUGUCUGUAACUGUCUGCCUGUGACUGUGUGAUGUUGCCUGUAAUGUGUGUGUGUGACUGUAUAUGUGACUGCCUGUAACAGUGUGCGUGACUGUGUGUUACUGCUUGUAAUGGACUGUGUGUAUGACUGCCUGUGACUGUCUGCAUGUGACUGUCUGCCUGUAACUGUAUGUGAGGGGGUGCAGGGAUUUUGUAUAAGGGACAGGGGUUUAAAAAAGUUUACAAAUUUGUGCAAUACAUUUAAAAAAAAAAAAAAUUCAAAAUAGAACACAUUUAAAAAAUUUUGUAGGUAUUUUUUUUUUUUGGAGGGGGGGGUACCAAACCCAGGACCCGCCCCGGGUGCCACAUGCUCUAGGUACGGCCCUGUGUGUGUGUGUGUGUGUGUGUGUGUGUGUGUGUGUGUAUAUAUAUAUAUAUAUAUAUAUAUAUAUAUAUAUAUAUAUAUAUAUAUAUAUAUAUAUAUAAAACUUUUUUAUGUAGUUAUCUGUCUAGGGGUGGGACACAAAGGGCUAGGCCAGCUAAGAAAGUGGAUAGACCACCCAAAACUGUAGGUUGUCAGUCUGAUGUACACAUGUCAGACUGACAUGGAGAUGCUAUGGCCGGCCCAACUAAGGGCUGUCGAUGUGCAUGGGCUGAAUACUCCAAGCCCUCUGUCAAAGGAAAGUGCAUUUAUUGAUCUGAUUGCACAGAACUUGCUAUGGACAAUCCAAUGGUGAAUUCAGAAGGCAGGACACGAGGGCUGACCCAUAGUGGUGGGACAGGACUAAGACCAAACUGAGACUUCUCUACCAGAUAUGGGACUAUUGGAAGGCAUGUGUAAUUACAACUAGACUUUAAACUUUCCUUUUUAUAGCUUUUCCUAUUGUGUACUUGUCCUAAAUUGCUUCAAAAUUCAAAGCCUGUUGGUGCACAGUCCCCUCCAAUUUGUCACAAUUGCAUGUAUGCUUCGUUUACCCCUUACAUCACUGGAAGGGGUAAGUUAAUAUGUAUAUGUAUAUAGUGAUAAUAAUUAAGGGAUACCAGCAGCCCUGUUGGCUUGCAUUUUAUUCUUUUGGGCAAUAUAUAGUUAAUCUUAUUGAUUAGCGGUGCAUACCGGCCUACACACGGCGGUUUUUGAGGGUUUUUUUAACUGAGCUGGAAUUAAUGGGGGAUUUAAAGGGAAUUUCAAAUGUUAGGUUAAAGUGGCUACUAUUUUGCCAGGUUGGUUAGUUAGGGGUAAAGUUGCUGUUCCCUUGCCAAUCGUCCCCAAUUCCCAGAAUUUCAUUAAUAACCCCUUUGUGUUUUUCAGUAUAAGUAAAAAGACACUCUGCUCUUGGUAAUUUUCAUAAUAAUUGGUCAUGUCUUCCAGCGCUAGUCAUCAUGUGUAAGGAAUGGAAAUAUUGUGCCUUCAGAAUAAUUUUUACUUCAAUCAAACGUCAUGAUUCUUUUCUUCCAUGACCCAUCUAAUUAACUUCAGUUUUAAUAAUGUGUUAAUCUCCAUUUCAUUUUGUAUGAAUUAAUCAUCUCUUCUGCAUACCUUGAAGGCCCUUGCAUCCUCUGAGAACAUGUCCUGUUGAAAGGUGCUUUUCUUUAGGAACAGAAAAAAAAGUAAUGUUGUUGGAAAAUGUUGAGCCAACUGUUUUUAGGCUGGUAGGUUUGGCACAUUAAUGUCUAUUCCACGAGACCUACCAGGUUGUCUGAACUAAACCAAAUCUUUAUAGACGACCCAGUGUUUGCACAGCUACUUAUGUAACGCGCCAAGUUAGUUUACUAUACGAUGGAAAUAAUUAAAAUGGUUGGGGGAUUUAACUUAUUUUCCUACUUUCUGCUUGCAAUUAAACAACAAAAAUGAAAUAAUUUGAAUUGUCCGAUUUUAGAGAUUUAGUGAUUUACUCUAAUUUACCAAGUUACAAUUGGCUUUUUUUUUUUUUUUUGUAUAGAUGCUAAUUGACUUAAAUUUUCUUUCUUUUUCUCAAUGUUUGGUGCAAUUAAUAUUAUUUGUUAUAGUUCUCAUUGUAGGAGCUAUACUGACUAAUAGAAAGUCAUCUAAACAGUAACUCCUUCAUACAACCUUACACACUCUGUAUUUUUCAUUAGCAAAACAUGCAAACUUCUGUGCCCUCAAACUUAUUGAUAGACCACAAUUGCUCCAGCUCUGUCUUUAGAUAGUUAUGGUUUACUUUGAAUGUCUUUAUAGAAUUGUCAUACAUCCUAUUACAAUUAUGUUGGAUGGAUAAAGAUAUGUAUAUAAUUUUCUUUAACAUAAUUUUUUUUGCGUAUUAUAUAAUAUGUCUAGAGACGUGUUUAUAGUUGGGAGUUAAAAUAGGAAAAAAAAACGUUACCAAGAGUCCUACAUCUGUGUAGGUAUAUUCUUCUGUGUAAUCUAUAUUCAUCUGGGGACUCCUCGUCAAAAUAUAUUGGAGCCAUCUGCCAACUGUAAGCAGAAUGGGAUUGUUUUAGUGUCACGUUCCCCUGUAAGUAGCUUUCAAAUCUUCAUGGUUGAAAGCAACAGGAUGUGAUUUAAUUUGUCCCCUCAGUCUUUUCAUUUACUGAAACAGGGAAGAAGACCUCUUUAAUUUUCUGACUAGACUAUUCUUUGGCUUUCAAGUAGUGUCCAAAAAACCCUUCAGUGUUGCCAACUUUAUCCAUUUUUUCCAAAUUUUGUUAGGUGAUUCUCAACUCAUCAAAACAUAAUCCUCAUGUGUAAAUUACUUACCUUAGAGGGUUGGUUUGUGUGUGUGUGUUUUAAUACAUUUCUCUGAACUCUGCAGACCAAGGAGCACGUGGCCAUUUGGUUUCACGUUGGUGGCGACACUUGGGUGGUGCACUGCCAUUAUUCGCCACAGAAAUUAGACUAAACCAGCUCUAUGCAGUGUAGGUCCUGCUCGGAGCUGAUGGAUCGUUUAGUUUAUAUUGACAGUUGAACCAAUGUAUUUUGUUGCUUUCUCCAGCUGCCCUUUUUAUAUUCCCUUGCAUUCCUUUUUAGUUAAGAGGACUAUUCUGCACUUGAAUGUAGGAAUCGUGGAGGUGAAUACCCCUCCCAGAAAAUUUGGUGUAGCUUUAAAUAUUGAAUACUCCACUCUUUUCACAAGAAUGAUGGGAAGAAUAAAUUGUUAAAGGUUACUAAUAGACUCACUAGUGUUAAUAUGGAAGUUUGCCGGUAGAAACCUGCAUUGUUUAAUGUAUUACAAAAGCCCCCCCCCCAACACUCCAGAAGCAGAGUUCUAGCUUUGAGCUAGUUUAUAUCCUUCUGGAACCAUAUCCUUGUUGUAAAUAAAGCCUUUCAUAAUGCAGGAAGUAUUGGCACAAAACCUUGGCUGUAAGAAUUGUCAGAAAAGGUGAAGUACCUUUUAUUUAUAGCCAUUAAUUGAUGGAGAAAGAAAACAGUCUGUUCUCUCUUAUAAAGUAAUGUUGUAGCCUAUUUAUUGGACACCUGAAAUGAGCGGUACCUCUCUCUCUAACCAUUUGGAUUACUUCUAUCAACAAACCAAGUUUAUUAUUAUUAAAGUAGCUUUUUUUUAUUGGACACGUGAAAUGAGCGGUACCUCUCUCUCUAACCAUUUGGAUUACUUCUAUCAACAAACCAAGUUUAUUAUUAUUAAAGUAGCUUUUUUUAUGCUUUUCCAGUGGUUUAUUAAGAUUGGAUUUCCUGUUAGAGUGAAAACUCAAGAUAGCUUGACUUGGCUUCUUGGGUAAGCAUGUAUGUGUAUAUAUGUAGGAUUUAUUCCUCUGGAAAAUCUGUCCUUUGAUCACCAGGGGAGGUUCAUGAAUGUGGAAUGGGAAAACAAAGAGACAGGUAUUUUCUAGCUCAUUUUUCGCUGUAGCCUCCAGUUAUUUUCACCUUCUGAUUUAACAUACAUCCAUAUUUAACUCCGAAGAGCGAUUUGUAGGGAGAAAAAAAAAAAAAAAAACCUCAUAGCUGUGCAAACAUGUGGUUUAAUCCUUUUUGUCAUGCGAAGUGUUAAAUAUUCUUCACUCUGAUCCUGGCAGAAAUGAUUCAUUAAUACAGGAUUUAUUUAUUUACAUUGGGUCAAAGGCACGCAGGUGCGAUUACGGAAGGUAGAAACCCUUUUUUGAGGUCUGAGGUUGGAAACAAUAAUAUAUUAGAGAAUAUCUGAAUUCCCUUGUAAAAAUGUUUUUGACACUUUUGUAAGCCCCUAAGCAACUUGUCACAGAAUGUCAGAUGAAUUGAUGUAGGAGAAAAUGUGCGUUGCUGACUGAUUUAACUUUCAUUGUAUUUAGAUAUUGUCAACUAAAAAAAGUGCAUCCUCUGUUGUAUUUAACCUGUACUGGGAGUUUGUUUUGGGUUUAGAAGUUAUUUCUUAGUUGUGACAUAUUUGCAACUCUGUGGCUUCUAUUGACUUGCUUACUAGUUUCAUAUAUUCGAUAUAUAAUUACUGACCAUUUUGCAAGAAUGAUGUAUAAAUUACGUGUUUUGUGACGCUUUUGACCAAAGCUCGUACGCAAGGGUGAAACAUACCCAGCUAUCUUUCUCUUCUUUCUCCAAACCACCACUUUUCCAGUUUUGAUAUUGUUGGGCAUUUAUUUUUAUAUUUCUUUGACCUUUUCAAUUUUUAUUUUUUAUUUUUUUAUUUUUAUUUUUUUUUUUUAUAGUUUGGCCCUGUACAAUUUUUUUCAAUAUGGAUUUGUGUCAAGAGCAGAUGAGUGAUCUUAAAAGCUUCAAAAUCUUUAAUUUACUUUGCCACGUUUACAUUCUUGCGAUGAUUGUCUUCCACAUAGUUUGGGUAAAAACAAGUCUCUUUAGCUCUCCAGAGCCAAACUAUUGUAUUUGGAUUGAUGAACUUCAAGUGAGUAGAACACAGAGUUGCUGAUAUCCAUUUCUCUUACUUGUUUGCUCAGGAAACAAAGCAAGUUGAGGACAGAAUUCAUAAGAUCAUGGUGAAAUCCCUCUGUUUUUUGGCUCCGUGUUUGAGCCGUUAAAAAAACAAAAAACACAUUGCCUUGAACUUAUUUACACAUCUAAUGGAUGUGGCAGGUGUAUCACGUUUUAAAUGAUUGUUUUCUGUUAAAACCAGAAAUAGCACUUCUUUAUCUGCAUGCUUGUGAUCCCCUUUUACCUACCUCACCUCCCACCUCCACCCCCAAUCCUCAAAUACUCUUCAGAAAUGUCCAAGUCACAGCAUAAUGAAGGGAAAAAAAAUGUUUUUAUAAGAAAUAUAUUCAAAUGUUUUGAAUUUUUUUUAAAGAAAAUGGAAUAUAGGUGAUUCCCCUUAAUUUCAAAAAAAAAUAAUUAUUUUUAAUUUUUACAUAUUCUGUUUUUUUUAGGUUUUUUUUAAUUUUUUUUAAAUCUACGGUCUAUUGGUAGUACUAUUACUCAGCCUUUAAAAAAAUUUUUAUUAAAUGAACUGGAAGAAGAACAUCUGAUAUAGUCUAUUUUGAGAACACCAAGUUAUUUUCUCUUUGAAAUAAAUAAUGAUCUUUUAAAGUUUUAUUCCAAGCACCAGUGCCACUUCAGUGGUUUGAAGUGGUCGUGGUGCCUGUCUGUAUGUGCAGGAUUUUGUUUUGAAACGCUGCAUGUACUUCAAUAGCAGCCGGAAGUGUAACUCGACCUCCAGUAGUCAGUGGGGUUUCAUAAACUAGCCCAGAACUAUAAUAGUAACAAUAAUAAUUGUAGGAUCCUUAUUUUAGGUGUAAUAAGGAGGAGGGAUAAUGUUGGGGCUUGAACAAUAAGUUGAAGUUAUGGUGCCUGGUCCCUUUAAUGUCAAUGCCUCCUAAAAUGUUGUGGUUGUUAAGCUCAGCUAUUAAUAUCGCCAAGCAAAAAAAUACAAAUUGUUUAACAUUUUGGUUUUCGACUUAAUAAACGUUCCAAAUAAUCCGAUACCUUUAACAAAACUUUUCAAAUUAUUAAUCUGCAGAAGCCACCAUUAAAGUGUUUGGGGAUUUUUUUCAAGUUAAAUCAUUUAGAAAGUUUUCCAAACACUAUUGAAUCAUUAGAAAAGCUUAUUAAAUGCACCAAAAAAAGGGGAAAAAAAAUUAUAAAACAUUUUUACCAAACGUAGACGAUAACGGUGAAAUGUGUGCAGCUGUUAUCAAUUUCCCUUUUACACAGUGAAGUCAUUAAAAGUACCGAAAUCAGAUUGUGGUAUGUGUGGUGGUGGUGAAGGAGGAGGGGGUAUUCAUUUUUUUUCCACUUUUUUUUUUGCUGGUAGUUACAUUUUAUUUUAAGGAGGUUCAAGAAAUUACAACUGUUGCCUAUUUUGUCUUCAUUUUUCAGCAAAACACAAAGCAUCCCCGAUCUGUAAACGAUACCUCCCUUUGUUUUGAGAAGCGUAAUGCAUGGGCAGCUCGGCUAUUAAUCAGAGACCUGACAGGAGAGUGCAGGUGUUUUUUGUUUAAAUAAGAAUGAGCCUACCCUUUACAUUUAACCUACAAUAAUGCCGGAGGGAGGUGCACUGAGACUAACUAGUUUUCUAAACCUUCUUUAUUGUCGUACAUUACAGGCCCCUAGGGCAGCAACAUGGGCCUGGGAAAGCAAGAGCUGUAUACAUUUUUAUUUUUCCAAAGCAGUUUUAAAACUAGGAUUAAUUAAACAUCCCCUGAAACAUGAUCGUCUAGGUGGGGUACUGUUUUAAAGUUAAGCUCUUUGUUAUAAACAUUGCUAAGAUCUUCUACUGAGAUGAUGGAUCAAAGUCCAUUCUUGCAUAAUUUUAUUGCCAAGACUUGCAUACAGAUUUUUUUUAUUUAUUUUUCCACAAAUACUCUAUACAGGAUUGUAACUUAUUACAUCUAAGGUUUAUUUAAAUGCUAAUCUGUUUUCUUGGCAUUUUGUUUUUAAAUGUAUGUGGGUAUCCUGUAGAACAGCAAAUCCAAGUGGGUGGAUCGAAUUUAUUGUGGUUUGGAAACAAUCCUUUCGUUUUUUUGUUUUGUUUUUUUUCUUUUUUCUUUUCUAAAUCUUCUCUUUAGAUGAGAUGGUGAUUUGUACAAUCUUAAACGUAUACUGGCCGGUUUAUCAGAAUGUUUUAAAGGAACGCUGCUUGCCUUGCACCAUAAUCACUACAGUUUUCUAAAUUGGUUUGACCUGGUCUUCCAGGAGCCUUCAGGAGAGUCAAUAGCUCAUACGUAGGAGUUAAACCCUGCUGUGCAUCAACUAAUCACUCUCGACCAAUGAGCUAAGCCUUGCACAACCGCAAUUAUCUUUAGUGUAGGUAGGGUGUGUCGCUCUGAGAACCUCAGGUGAGAAGUCCAAAUGUUCUGAAAUGGUUUGAUUACUUAAAAUGGGUUGCACCAGGUUACUCCUGGCACCAUGAUCACUACAACAUGCUUACGUGGUUGUGAUGCUCAGUGCUUUUAUAAAGGGACAGUCCGGGCUUCAUGACCACUUCAUCAAAUUAAGUUGUUUUGGUGCCAGGACAUCUAUGCCUCUGGCUCACCUUAAGGUGUUAAACUGUUGUCAAACAGUUCAACCCCAAAGUCUUUCCUCCAGUGCUGAAUCUCCUUGCCUCUCUGCCCGUCCGUUUUCUAAAAAUUUCCAAAGUGGAAGGCUUUUGCAGAAUCUGCCAGCUACCUAGAUUGUUCCUUUUAAUAGUGUAUGUUUUAGCCUAUACAGGCUGGGAAAUCAAGCUGUAUCUGCCACCUUUUCAAUAAUGGUCAUCCUAGAUGCUGGAGAUUUGUAUGAAGUCUGUGUGCAUCUUAUUAAAGGGGCAGUUUAGGAUAAGGCAAAUAUAGCAAUGUUAUUUAAAUUAAGUUAUGGUGCCAGGAGGCCCCCAGGCACAUUUUAUCUUCAAGGGUUAAACAUUUAACCAUAUUUAAGCACCUAUUCACCACAUAUUCUCUCAGAUAGUCAAUGCUGAUAGGAGAAACCUGUGCGGAGCACUUUGUAUCCUGUGUUUGGGAGGUUAGUAGACACUCCGCAGAUUAUCGUUUGUGUAUUCUUAUCUGUGUCGUAUUUGGUCAGGGGGUCUGAUUUGAUAAAACCCAAACCAAGCAGCCAAUAGUAACACAUUUUUGGAUUUCUGUUUUGGUUUCCGGUGCCUCUGCAACACAUCACCUUCUUUCUCUAAAAUGCAUUGUGCUGUACUUUAUAUGCACAUAUUCGACAACUUCCAGUGUGUUUUAUUUUUUAAAAUAAUUAUUAUAUAAACUGAAGUUUGUAUUUUUAUAAUUCCAGUUUUCAUUGUUUUAGUUAAUCCUGUACACAAACAGCUAAAUUAUUUGUUUUCCUGCUAUUUUUGUUUUGUGGUUUCUGUAUUUUAGUUUGUUUAUUUUUACUAUGGCUGGUGACCACUGGCUCCCAAGACAUUCGGUCAGACUGUAGAUUGCAAUUUAAUCCCAUGAUGCCAGACCACUGGAAGGAGGGCAUCAUGGGCAAUGUAAUCCACAACCCCUGUCUUUCCAAAGGUUUGCCAUCAUUGCUCUUGAAUAAGACCAAUACAAAAUGCUAGGAGAACAAGCUGAAAAAUAUAUUGUGGGAAUUUUUCCCUGCGCUCAUGCCAAGAACUAUCCACGUUAGAUUUACUUUGGCUAAUCGGCUUAAUAAUUUUGUAAAAAUUAGACUCCAGAUUUAAUUAUUAAUUGCUGAAUAAUAAAACCAUUUGUGGAAAACGUACAAUCAUUUUUAUUGAGUUAAGAUCUGUAAACAAUACAAGAAUAAGAAUUGCACAGAACUCCGAUCUGGACAAAUUACCGUUUUAUAGCGGCACGGUUAUCCGCAUCCCCAAAUGGAUACAAUCUGUAUUAAAUACUCAUAUUGACUGUGUUGGAAUUUUGCUGAAAUUUCAACCCAGUCAACAAAUAUAUGUUGAUACAAAGUGAGGGGCUCCAGUUACACCUACUAGGUUAUUCAAUAAAAUGUUAAUUUUUAUCAGUGAACAAUAAAUUUCAGGUUUGGGCCAAUGCAGUGACAUAGAUAAAUAAUUCCAAGAAUUCUUUGAAUUCCCAACAAUUCAGACUUUAGCUAGAAUCCCUGCUAGUGUUUUUUUUAAAUCUUGUUUCUUUGUGUGUGUAUGUUCUGUAAUGAGAAACUUUUUAAAAGGAAUUUUUUGCUCUGUGCAAAUUAUGACUUUGGUCUUCUGUCGACUCAGCAUCGUUAUGUUCGUACUUGGCAUGGCCAAGCUUAAGUUUAAUGCCCAAAUUAUCAUUGUAGAUGGGCAUGUCCCUUUUCUACUUCAUGUUUUUAUUUUCCUCGCCGAACCAUACAAAUGCUUGCUUGUAAGCAUGACGAUGAUAUGAAUAUCCUGAAUUUCGCACACAAGAAUAGCAGAUAUGUUGCCUUCUGUAAUUGACAUAUUGCAGCACAUGUGAAGAAGUUGCAGUUUAUGUAGCUGUUUAGAGGCAAACCUAUCUUUGUGCAAAAUGCGGCAUUGUAAAAACAGAAAGGUCUAUGUAACAUGCCUCUUUCUAAGAAAGAAAGGAUGUGAUUUGUUUACAGAUUCAAAUAAUUUAAUGGACAGUAGCUAUUGGUACUUAUUACUUACACAUGUAUGUUUGAUGUUGUUUUUGAUUAUUUCAUUUUUUUGGUCUCCUGCAGACGGUUAGAUGCAAACCACAUUGUCACUGUUCCAGAUGACAGUUUUGAAGGUCUACUACAACUUCGACAUCUUUGGCUGGACGACAACAACUUGACCGAAGUCCCAAUUCGCCCACUCGGCAACCUUCCAUCUCUUCAAGCGUUGACACUGGCGCUCAACAAAAUCACCCAUAUCCCAGAUUUUGCCUUUUCAAACCUUUCAAGUCUUGUUGUUUUGUAAGUAUACAUGUCAGGAGCAGGGCAUUGUCUUUGUUAAUGAACAUUUUGACUGUCACAUUCUUCUUAAAAUAAGGGUACCAAAAAUAACUUAUUUAUGAAUAAAUGCUUUAUUCCAAGCACCAUGACCACUUCAUUGAUUUAAAGUGGUCAUGGUGCCUGUAGUCUGUAUGUGCAGAGUUUCGUGUUGAGUUUAAUUCCUCUCCUGCAGUAAGUGGCAUCCCAAUGACUCUACAUGAGAUGGUGUUACAUCAGCCAACGUCGAAUUCUGUGAUGUCAAUUCUGUGCUAUACCGGUUUAUCAAUACUUGUUUGAACUCAUACAUACACAUAAAUAUACACAAUUCAGAUUUCUUUCUUGACCAUAUUUAACUGAAAUUCUAAACAAUUAACACAAUUCUUUUCACGUCUCAAAAUUACAAUUGUGUUUUUUUUUCUCCAUUUUGCUUUUUUGCUAGACAUCUUCAUAACAACAAAUUAAAAACCCUUGGACAAUACAGUUUUGAUGGUUUAGAUAACUUGGAAGCGCUGUAAGUAUUGCUACUUAAUCUGAUUUUCUCUAUUUCUCUGAUCAAAAGAACCCGUGGCUUGCCACUAACUCUUCUGUGCAGUGUGACAAAAGGAUAUUUCCUUCAUUAGAGAUAUGUUGCUGGAGGGGUUUUAAGGAUGAGCAUGAUCAACAAAGAGUUUAAUUACUUUAAUAGUAAGAAAUGCAGGAUGUGGGCAGAUUUUCAUUAAAAGUAUUAAAUCUAAAUGGCAUUCCUUCAGAUGAAGCGCAUUUGGAUAAUGUUGGAUUCUUAGGUCGUGUAUUAUUGUAAUUCUUUUUUUGUUAUUUGCAAAGGUUUUUUCUAAAAUCUAUGUAUCAAAGAAACGAGCUUUGCAACAGCCCUUCUUUUAAAAAUAUAUAUAUAGUAUCUCAAACAAAUAACUAUUUUGUUUUCUUUCAUAUCUUGAGUAUCCUUUUUUUAUUUAAUUGUGACUUAAAACACAAAGCAAAAUCUCAUCGGUCGGUAAAUGAAAAGCUACGUGUGGGUAAUGUAGCUUACAGCAACCUCUAUCUUGGCUGUACAAUGCCCUGUGUUUGAUAAUAUUUGGGAGUGUUGAGGUGUUUGCCUUGAGUUUGUUUGGCUAGAGUGUGGAAGCCACAAUUUGUGUUUCCAGCUGCCGUAUCAUUGACCCAUUUGACAGGCAGUCCCUGAUAACCAGUUAAUAAGAUUUGACAAACCUUUACAGUUUCCUCAGAGAUUGCCAAGCAACAACUUGGAGGGUGGUUUGGUUAAGAAAUAUUAACUGAUAAGAAAGUUGAGCAGCAAUGCAAAACAUAUAUUUCUCUCCUAAGUUAAUGUUUAACUUUAGAAAUGAGAUUUGUGUGUUUGUGGGAACAGCUGCCUGGAUGGAUUAAGAGCUAUUUAUUUUUGAUUGUAAAAUUAGAGUGGAUUAGAUUUUUCUUUUUUCUGCAUAGUGAUGGACCGAAGUCAAGGGCAUUGACUCUUUAAUAUUUGGCAACUUACAGGAACUGAGCUUCCACCUAGGACAGGAAAUUGAGACCUCUUCCUUUUUAAUUUGUCAACAAACUUUGUCCACUCAGUGAUAAGGAACUCCGUAACUACGAACACAUAAUAUGGAACACAACCAUAAUAGAUCAGAAAAAGAACACCACUCUUAAUCAAGAGAUUAUCUUUCCCAAAGGUUGAGUCAGGAUGCUCAGGAGCUUCGAUGCUUUCUGAAGUGUCUACGUAGCUUGAAACACAGAUGGAGUGAUACAGUAUGGUACCAUCUUUUAUUUAUCACAUCUCUAGACAUGGAAAGGGAGAAUCCUCAUAUCUAAUGCUACUGAUAAGUAAAUGGAUAACACUAACGUUUACAGAUGACAGGCCUAAUUGUGUUCCAGGUGUUUCUUUAUUUGAUUUCUUUUCCAGCUGUCUUUUUUCAUAUCAGCUCUUGUGUAGACUAAGUGGGCUCAGAUUUGAUAUUCUAAGCCAUCACCUUGGCUGUGUUAGCCAUCGAAGGAGAAGCGAUUAUAGUUAUGAGUUUAGGAGAUCUGUGUCCCAGUGUUCUAGAUCUAUAACCUGUACCCCCAGUAGUUGUAACAUUUAUUAAGUUGCUUGUAUGCCAUAUGCAAGUAUUUUAUAUGAAUAUGUGUUGAAGUAUAUUUAUAUAUCUUGACCAUAGCAAUACCCUUGAUAAUUCGGUUUGUACAUUCCCAUGUGUGUUGAUUCACUUGUUGAUAGGAAAAGUACAUACAUAUUUUUUUUUUAUCAUUUAAAGAAUGUAUUCUUUCUAAGACAAACAAAAUGUGUUGAUAUGAUCAGUAAACACUAGCGGUGCCAGCCUGCUCGGAGUACAGAUUAAAAUGGAAAUAGUAAAUGCUGUACGAAGUUCAUCUCUGUGCGCCUAUUCAUAUAUCUAUUAAUGCCCUUCCCAGGGGUUAAAAACAAAAACACACAGGCCAUUUGGAUACAUUAUAUUGUAUCGAACGUUUUAGGCUUCAAAGGGGGAACUUGCUUCUCUGGAAAUUUCCCCAUUAAAUAAAACCUUGACCAUCACCUAAAAACGUGUUUUAACAUUUCUCAUGGAAUGUUGAGUUUUUCAUUGAAUAUUAAAGACUAAUGAAUUCACAACAUGAUCCAGGUUACUCCAAGCACAUCCAGGGCACAUAUUGCAAUGGACGAGGAGAAAUGGAAAUAUUGGUUUGUUUCUCCUCCUCUCAGACUGCCAGGUGCAAAGGGCAGAACUUAUAACCAGGAUUAACGGGGAUGUAAGAUGGAGACGCCCAGUUUGAAGAUAGGUGUUACAAUGUUGUUGAAUUCUAAAUGUAAUCAUUUUUUUCAACUUCAUAAAUAAACAUGUAUUAAAUAUAUGAGAUAACAAAACAUUAAAUUAUAAAUCCUGGCUAAUAACAUUUCCUUUAAAGGUUCACAGAGCAUACUAUGUAAAACACUUUCUAAAUAAGUAAAUCGUUCAUUAACUAAGGGAACAAUACGAUCUGGUGCUAAGAUUAUUUGGCUAUAAAAUAAUACAUUUUAAAGGAACACUGUAGUCACCUAAAUUACUUUAGCUAAAUAAAGCAGUUUUACUGUAUAGAUCAUUCCCCUGUAAUUUCACUGCUCAAUUCACUGUCAUUUAUGAGUUAAAUCACUUUGCUUCUGUUUAUGCAGCCCUAGCCACACCUCCCCUGGCUAUGAUUGACAGAGCCUGCAUGAAAAAAAAAUUGGUUUCACUUUCAAACAGAUGUAAUUUAUCUUAAAUAAUUGUAUCUCAAUCUCUAAAUUGAACUUUAAUCACAUACAGGAGGCUCUUGCAGGGUCUAGCAAGCUAUUAACAUAGCAGGGGGAUAAGAAAAUCUUAAUUAAACAGAACUUGCAAUAAAAGCCUAAAUAGGGCUCUCUUUACAGGAAGUGUUUAUGGAAGGCUGUGCAAGUCACAUGCAGGGAGGUGUGACUAGAGUUCAUAAACAAAGGGAUUUAACUCCUAAAUGGCAGAGGAUUGAGCAGUGAGGCUGCAGGGGCAUGUUCUAUACACCAGAACUGCUUCAUUAAGCUAAAGUUGUUCAGGUGUCCCUUUAAGUGACAAUUAGCUAUAUACAGACUUGGUAAGUAGUGUAGGUUUUAUGGUUUAUAUGUGUUUUGCCAACCAUAAUAACUAACCAAUGAAUGUUUUGGUAUUUAUUUAUUUUUUGGCUGGUUUAUUUAUUUAUUGGUUUAUUUAUUUAUUUUUAGGGAUCUGAAUUAUAACAACCUUGUUGAUUUCCCUGAUGCCAUCAAAUCACUGCACAAUUUAAAGGAGCUGUAAGUAGCCAUUGUGAUAUUUGUAAACUAGAAUAACAGAUCUUUGUGGCAUUAAUUGUGCAGAUGUUUUACCUAUUAUUAAACAGUUGACCUGAGCUUUAAAUCUGUGUAAAAAUGAAAAGGCAAUGAAAUGUCACUGAAUGAAGCAUGCUGCCAUCUGUAAAAUCCAUUUAUUUUGAGUAGAAAACCUUCCAUUUGUCACAUAAAAGGUUUUGUCCCCCUACGUGUUCAGACAGGCAUACGUGACCUCUCCUGUUGCUUUGGACCAUGACUUGAUGCAUGGCUAGACUGCUCUGUUUAUUGUGCAUUUGCAAAUUGGGACUGUUCCUUCAGUAAAGUAAUUACAUUACAUUUGUUUAUCCAUUUUCCCGCAGCAAGCGUUUCUGUGCUUUACAGAAAGCUUGUACUGAGUUUUGCAGAGUUACAGAAAAGUACUAAAAAUAUUAUAUUUGUAUUUAUAUCUGUACCGUGAUUAGAUUCUGUAACGUUAACUUAUUGGAAUCUAACUAAAUAAUGCAGUCAUGGUCCAUGGCCUGAAUAAUGUACAGGUGAGAGUUAAAUUAUUCUGGUCUGCAAAUAAAAUAGCAGACUGCUUGCGUCAAGAAAGCGAAACAAUAAGUCGAACAAAAAAAUAAAUAAAUAAAACCCUUAAAAUGAUAAAGCAUGUGCAUUUUAAAGUUUGUGUUUUCUUUUGCAUGUUUUCUUGCGGGAGUGUAAUUUAACAAACAUUUCUGUAUUUUAUUUCCCAUGUCACAUAAGAUGAAAAUAUGGAAAUUCUUAAGUAGAUAUUCUUGUGUUAAUAAAUGGUUAAUGUUUGCUAUCUAAAUGCUUUCCAAACAUUAUUCUUAAAAUCAUUAAAUAAUUUUUUUGCAGGAUCAAACUAAUUCAGGUUGCCAUUUCACUCUGAUCUUGGUGUUGGUAAAUUCUUGUACCCGGAACUAAAAAGCUUGCUAGAUGAUAUCUGUUGGCGCUAUAUAAAUAGCAAUAAUAAUAAUAAUAUAAAUGUGCAAUGGGAGACUAUUUAUAGUGGCCCAGUUGUCCAACAAGAUUGGGAUCAUUGGGAGAGGGCGUAAUUUAAUGUACAAACCAUUACUAAUAAUGUAGACUGUUCUAGAAGGACAAUAGCAUUCCACAGGCUUUGUACUCUUAUUGAACAGUUUUAAAAAACAAAAAAACAUAACAGUGUGAAACAAAAAAUAUAACUGACAUUUUUACUUUAUUUUAUAAUACAUGGUACCUUUUUCUUACAGUGCAAAUUGAGUGGCGAUGUUGGAAUUUUGUUAUGGUUAGUUUACAGUACAUAUUCUUUUUGUUUAUUUUUAUUUUUCUCCUUUGAUUAUUAUUUCAGGGGCUUCCACAGUAAUUCCAUUUCUACGAUCCCUGAUGGGGCGUUUGUGAAUAACCCUUUGUUAAAAACAAUGUAAGUAACUGGUGAUCUGCUAAAUUGGUUAUUUUAUACAUUGAUUUACAACUCACACCUGUAUUAGUGAGGGGUCUUAUUGUACUGAUAGUAAUACUUUAAGAAUGAAGUACAGAACUAGGAAUUUGAUCCUUUAUAAUUUCCGCUCAGAAAAAAUAAAAAGAAUCCUGCCUUGUGCUUGUUUGUUGUAAACUUAUUUUAUUCAGGAUUCAAAGAUUUAAAAGUAUAAAUUAAAAACAGAUAUCAUUCAAAACGCCUUACUUAAGAUCAAUGUGAGAUGACUGCAUAUACUCAUUAUACAACAGCGUUUUUGAACAAAUGACUGUUCCAUCUGGUGUUCCGCUUCCCACAAUGUCAUCGAAGCAUAUCAUGGGAGGCGGAGCUCCAGACUAAAACCGCAUUCAUUUAAAAACGCUGUUGUAUAUUCAGUAUAUGCGGUUACCCCGCAUUGAUCUCUAGCAGCAACAGCUUCUUUAAAAUGUGUUUUAAGUGCAUUUAUAAAAUCCCAUAAAUAAAGAUUCAUGUUAACGAUUUCAAUUGUCAUUUUGGUUCAACAGUUCUAAGGUCCUUUCCUGCCUAAUAGAAUUCUGUUCUGUAGGAAUAAACCGCGUCCAUGUAUGUUUAGUCAUAGGGAUUGCCUUGGCCAAAUUGUAUUCGUGCAUGCUUCCUUUGUGUGCAAGUGACAAUCAAACUGAGCCACCGCCUCUGACUCACGUUGUGGGUUCUGGUAAAAGUCUCCUCCGAGCGAUCAGAAACAUGGAGGGAACUUUGACAGUGAUAAGAGAAUCAUAACAUUAUGUAUGUUUUAUUAUUAUUAUGAUUAUGUUUUAAAUGCUAUCCUCCAGGUGUACACAGUAAUAUAGGAAGUGCAUACCACGGUUUUGUAAAUGUUAUAUAAUCUUGGAAUUAUUUAAGCCGUAGAAAUAAUGACAAAGAAUUAGAGGGGGGAGUAGGAAUCUGUUCUGCUUUACAUCCAAUGCUAGACUACUUCCCAUUCUCUAUCCAGAGCCCCCGGAUCCUUUGGUGACAGAAGAUGUUGUGACUUACAGACAAUAAUUUCUUAAUUUGUUAAACUCUCCAAAACCUAUUUCUAGUAAUCAGCAAAUCCAGGCUCUUUUCACAGCUAGAAUAGGACAAGAAAGUGUGUAUAACUAAUGGUUCUUAGAAAAAUGAAGACGGCAUACCUGCUGCCAAGAUGGUAUAGCUCUGGGACAAGACCACCACGUGCCAGAAAAAUAAAUGUUUUGUUAUUUUGGAGUGUGGGGGUCUUGUCAAAAGCUUUAUCAAAAAUUUAAAUUAAAAAAAGCUUGUCUGUGCAAGUGAGGUUUUAUAUAAUCUGACUGGUUUAACGGCGUUCUGUUUACAUUUAGGGGAGUGAGGCUCAUUUGCAAAACACAAGAUAACUACAGAUGUGCCCAAAUGUUUGUGAGCUGCUCAAUGAAGUCAUUCUGUUCCAUAUUUUUCAGACACUUGUACGAUAAUCCCUUGUCUUUUGUUGGGAAUUCGGCAUUUCAGAACUUAUCAGACCUCCACUUCUUGUAAGUACUUGUCUACCCUUUUCUAGAAUGUGUGAAGUGAGAUACUUGACACGGUAUUAGUUGCACUGUGUGCUUUCUAUAAUUAUACUGCUUAACGGUAGCAUGACCUGAUGACCUUCAAAAGGUUGAAGAGAAAUGUCAAAAUGGCAAAGCGGCAGGGUGGCUUAUCGCUGUUAUGUCCUAAGUCUUUCGAAUAUUUAACAUUUAAAGGAAAAUAUGGGACUUUUGAAAUUUAGUACUUUAGGGAUUAAUGAUGGUAUCAUUACCAUUUUGUCUUUGGUGACCUUAUUCCAGUAUGUAUUGUGUUAAUUAUUUGGCUUCAGUAGGCUUCUACAUAGCUUACUGCAGCCACUACACCCCAGGUGCCCAAAGUGCUUCUGGUCUUCUCAAUCAGGAGUCGCAGGAUGUCGAUGUAUGAUAUAAGGCAAUUAAUGAGCUGACAUCUGAGUUUUGUCUCUAAGAAGAGUGGAUGAGUUGCCGGCUGCUGGUGGAAGUGCUGCUGAAACCUGCAUAUCUUUAAAUUCUUGCCUUUACGGUCUGCCUUGUGAGACUUGGUUUGAGUAGUGAUCAUUCCUAUUGUUAUUGGAUAUCCCAAGCAAGCUUAUGUUAACUGGUUUUGAUUAAGAAGUAUGCAUGAUUGAAGACUAAAUUAGAAUGGCAGAAAUAAAACUGUUCAUUUUCACUUUGGUUUAAUGUUUUGUUUUUUGUUUUAUUAUUAAUAUUUUGGCAUGUAUUACACAAAGUGUAUGGUGACAAAGUAAAUUUUACAGAGCGCAUCUCGGUUGCACUUUAUUGAUCUAUUCCACUUUCUUUAUUUAGGGUUAUCAGAGGAGCAACUAAUGUUCAGUGGUUUCCCAAUCUUACAGGAACUGUUAACCUAGAAAGUCUGUAAGUAUAGUUAUUCAUUUUUUUGAAUUAGAUGUACAUUUACUGUUAAUACAUUUUUCGGUUUAACUAAUCCUAUGCAUUCACAUUUGUUGUAGUCCAUUGAUGUGCAGUUACACAAGCUUACUUGCAUAAUCUGUGUGUGAGAAUUGCACUUUUACUCCCUAAUGGCUUAAUUUGUACGAUUAUACUGGAGAAACAAACUAUCUUUUACGUUUCCAUAACGCACGUAUUCGGACACAACGCAUACCUACCAAGCGCACCAGAUCUGGGGUUCUCUUCUGCUGUCAUAGGUUUUUUUCCCCUGCUGUCCCACAUCUUGGGAUUCCAAGGAAUUUCUCCAGUUGAUGCAACACAUUAUUAGAUACACCCUCAUUGCACUUGCUCAGUGCAAGACCAUGAGUAGAGUGCCCCAGGAGCUCUCUGUGCAUUGUCUGCUUUGAAUUGACUCAAUGUACAGCGCUACGGAAUGUAAUGGCACUAUAUAAAUAAUUAAUGAUAAUAAUAAUUGGGCUGACCAGAGCGCCAACCUAUCAGCCUGCCAUGCAUGCAGACCAAUACAUCCUCUUAUCUGGGCAUGUCCACUUCAUGGGGGAGUCCUCCCUUUUCAAUGAAUGGCCCACCUGUUGUUAAUACUCUUUUCUGGCCUGCCCACCUGCCCAUUCCCCUUCCAUACCUCCCAUCGUUGAGUUAAGGGAAGUAGCAAGAAUUAUAUAGCAAAAUCACUCCAUAUGAAAGUAUCACAAUUGGAACAUUCUCUUAAUCACGCUUAAUGUAAGAAGAAGAAAAAAAAUAGUUUUCUAUUAAUUGUAUGUUAAUUAAUAGCUUGAUUGGUGAGAUAUAAAAAAAAAAUCAUAUGUAUUCUUGCCCCCGACAUUGGCCUUAUAAAUAACUGAACAUGCUUUUGGAUGCUUGUGACUUGAACACCCUGGAGAUUAAUGCAAAGUCAUACGUUCAACAAUUCUUAGCGGAUUAUAACGUCCAGACUAUUGUUGUUAUGAGAGACACCAGAUGUGCAAGUUGUGUAUUUAUACCUCGCUUUAUAUAAAUGACACAAUUGAAAGUUAAUGAUUUGUCAUGCCCUUAAUGCAGCCAUUAGCGUGAAAUUCCAGUAGAUCAUGGCCUCACAUCUGCUUUUUCUCCUGGUCCUUAUCCUCUCAUCUGUUAUCAUUGAAUCUUGCUUAAAUAUACAUCUGUGACCUGUUUUGCAGGACCUUGACAGGCACAAAGAUAAAGAGUAUUCCACCAACAUUUUGUCAAGAGCAGAAGAUACUUCGAACUCUGUAAGUUCAUCUUUGUUUCAGUCCGUUUUUUCUUUGUACUCCACAAAUAAAAUUAGCAUUCAAAGAUAAUUUUAUUUCGGUUUUAAGAUCUGUUUGUCAAGCCAUAGUGUAAAUGUGUUUGUGUUUGGUAAUGUUGUUUUUGAGUCAGUCAUUUGAAGCUGACAUGAGUCUUAGAGGUGCUGCCAUCCAAACGAUGCCGUACUGUUAUCCUUGUAAUAUUGCUUUGGUUCUGCCCCUUCAGCUUUGUUUGUGUAACUGUCCCUAGUGAGAACUAAACAUUGCAUUGUUUCCUUGUUGUGAUGUACGCAAUAUCCAUGUUUUUGAAGGAGUUGGAGAUAUUAGGGCUUUGGUCAGGAACCAAAACAAGGUCCCCAUUCAAUUUUCUGUGGUUUCUUAUUGGUUAAAACAAACCUUUAUCCAUAAUGGCCCAGGCAAUAAUUUUAAUGAACCAAGCCUGCGUUUCCCAGUGUUUUUGGGAACACCAUUGACCCCUGGACAGGUCUAGUGAAAGGUGGUUUGUUAAUAUUAUAAAUGAACAAUGGGUUGUUGAGCUAUUCUACAAUACAGAGCCACUGAGUUAAUGCCAUUUUCAGAAAUUGGGUCCUCUGUUAUUAAAAAACAAACAAAAAAAAAAACGCAAACCUCCAUGAAUAUAUAGUGUAAUAUUGUGUAAUAGUUAAGCAGGCAAACAGCCAUCAAAGACCGUGACCUAAAAACCAAAAAAUUGGAACAAAGGAGGAUCUAAAGUAUUAUUAUAGAUAAUUGGCUCGUCCUCUUUAAAAUAUCAAAUGACAUUAAAUAGCUGUAGAGGUAUUUUGUAUUGUUUGAAGAUAUAUUUAAAUAUACAAUAUUUAAUAAGAAGAUGAAGGAAAAAAAAAAACUAUUCCCUAUUUUUUCUUUUCUUUAGGGACCUGUCCUACAAUGAGAUCACAGACCUAUCUGGCUUUGAAGGUUGCAGUGCCCUAGAGGAAGUGUAAGUAGUUCGCUAAGUGAUUUUUAUGCUUCUUAAAAUGCAUUUGUCAUGUAACAAAAAAUGACAUGGCGGAACGUGUAGAUAAAACUAUUUUGUCUAUACAUGUGUAAGCCAUAGAUUGCAUCCCAUGAAACAGUGAAGACUUCUUAAUGCUUUAUCCCUGCAUUGUGGUUUUUGAACCACUUUCACGUAGAUUAAACAUCUCUUCCCUCUCCUCUCAUCCCGCUCCCCCGUUCCAACUUCUUUUAAAUUGGUUGCAGUAAGGGGGGAAAUAAGUCUGUGGAGGUUAGUAAAAAAAAACAUGGCGGGGAUCAGACAGACACAAUGGGAACUCUGUGUAUCGAUCUAAUAUUUAGAAAUAAAAUUGUAGUCUAAAGAUGAUCUGCGUUGGUAAAAGGAAUUUAAAAACCAGCUCAUUAUGGUUUAUCCUGUGGUUAUUAUAUUGUUUACUAAAGAUAUAUAAUCAGAAUGCCCAGUAGAGAAAACCCUCCAAGAGAAUCAGAGUAAAAUAAACUUUGUGUGAUACACCAGGAAAAACCUGCAUCUGAAACCGAGUGGAAUGCAGUCACUGUUUAAAUGUUUACUGUAUUCAUUGUAUGUAACCAAUGGUUUUGGCAAUGUCGCUUGAUUAAAAACCCAGAUUGUUUUAAUUUUAGAAUUUUUUUAUUUUGUUUUUAUAUUUAUUUGUAUAUGUAUUUUUUGUAUUAGUUAUCUACAGCACAAUCAAAUAAAAGAAGUUCUGAACAAGUCUUUGCAAGGCCUUACAUCUUUACGUAUACUGUGAGUAUAAUUCAGUAACUUACUAAACAUUAUUUUAGAAUGUUCUUUUAAACUUCUCUUGAAAACGGCAAGGACUGUUUAUAUAGUUGAAGCUUUGGAGUUUGGCAAAGUGAUCACUAGUGGUAGGCCUGGUAGACCUGGAGACUGGUCUGCUUCCUUAUCUUUACAUUUCUACCAAUCAUAUGUGCUUUGACAUGUUCAAAGAUUUUGAUAAGAAAGCAUUGCAAAUCAAUCCUGGUAAAUCCUCCACAGUAAGGACCACCAUAUGUUGCAUGCUUUGAGGUCCCCUUCUAUGAAAGCAGAGAAUCUGUACCUUGUGAUAAGAGAUACUGUUUAUAUACCUUGUUCAUGAAUUAAAGCUUGUUUUUACCAUAAUAACAAUCUGUUUUGAAGUUAGUUAUUUGAAAUUGUUGUGUACAUUUUUAGACUUUAUAAAUAACAGGUUAUGUUUCUGGUAGCAUUGUAACUAUUGUCAAUUGGCUUCCCAUGCUUUGUACCUUAAUUCGCAGCUAAAGCAAGCCAGCGGUCAAGCUACAGAGGCUAAUUGGGAGUCCGACUGAGCCCUAUGAGCCCAGAAACUUAUAAUUUAUUUGAAAAAUAAUAAAAUAGAAUGUUUUUUUCCCCCUGCAAUUUCUUAUGUUUAAAAGACAUUGUAUUACAAGCAACUUCAAUAUUAAUUAUUUUUUUUUACAUUUAAAUGAAAUUGGGGAAACAACUUGUGGACUCAGUGUUUUAAAAGCUGUAAGAUUGUGUUCAACAUAUGCUGUGAUACACUGAGAAGAAAAAUCACCAAAACUGAGAUAUAGUAUGUCGAGGCACUUAAAAUGUUUGGCCUUGAGCAGUUACUUGGAAUUGUCGAAGAUUAAGGAAGUCCAGCAAGUAGUUGAGAUAUUGAAAUUGAUAUCGCUAAGCUAAUGAGUGAUUUUUAUAUAUUUUAAUAAUUGCAGGGACCUGAGCAGAAACCUAAUCCAGACGAUUCACAAUGAAGCAUUUACCACACUCUCUUCACUAAGUAAUCUGUAAGUAACUCGUUCUCAGAUAGCUGCUUCAGUCAGGAAAUAAUCUCUUUAGUUUGAUUGAAAUUACUGUGCACUCAUUUUUUUAUUUAUUUUUUUACGUUAAGAGGAUUACGUGCUGAAAGUAUUUCAUAAUUUCCAAGACCCCUCUGGGUAGAAGAUCUUAAAAUCGACGUAAUUAACAUUACAAUGACAAAUGUGUUAUUAAAGCCAGUUUAGUCAGGUGAAUAUUAACCACUUAGGGACUGAGGAAAUUGUACAAGUUCUGAACCAAGACAAAACCUGGAAUUUGAGCUAUAUGUCUGUUCAACUGUAAUUUACCUCUUUCAUGUUAAGUGCACCCAGACUUAUUGGAGAUCAUUUUGUUCAAGAGAAAUGAGGCUUUUGGUGUGAGAAACAAACACUUUUUGCUAUUUUCGAGUUCUGUAUUUUAACAGAGAAUUACAGAAUACUGUUAGCUUUUACUGCAAUAAAACGCUCCUAUGUGUAUUCAGCGUGAUAAGUACUAUCCUUUUCUGUCAAAAAUAAAACUGCUUUGCACCCUUCAGUCUGCAGUAUUAUCCCACCACAACUUGCAUUAAAUAUCAUGCAGCGAUGAUCCAAUAGGAUGGGAGAACAUAGUAGGUAAAGGAUUGAUACAUAACCACAAUAUGUGCCCUUAUAGUCCCAUAACUGAACUGGACUUCCAUUACAAUUAUUAACCUUUUAAUAUAUUUGUAAAAUAAAACAAGAAUAAAAUGUGGCAUUGCCGGGGAAAAAUAAAACCAGGUUUUCUGUGAUUUUAAAUGUUUUUAUUUAGUGGUGCCAUUUCCAUAGAAUUGGCAGCUACCCAUUUAAAGGGUUUCAUUAUUAGAAACCUCUGUACUAUUUUUAUUUAAUCUUCAAAACAGAAAGCAAAUGGUUUAUGUGUUUCUUAUAAACAUAUAUGCCAUAGAAAUGACGGGGCAAUUUAUGAUCUCCAAAGAGUCCAAAGACCCCAUGUAAAAAUCCAGACUGACCAAUAACCGUGAUUUUAGAUAUUUUUAUAAGCGAACAUACAAAAGUAUAACCACUAAAAGCAGGUGUUAAGCAAACCUACUAAAUAGUGUGCCCUCCAAAACACAAAAAAAAUAGUGAAACAUACAAAUAGGUAGGAAUGCAGAGAAUGAGAGUGACACCUCCCAAGGCAAAAUAUUUAUAAAAGUGUAUAUGUGUGUGAAUAUAUACAUAUAUAGAGUGAGAAAAUGUCACUCCAAGGUUUUCCAAAUCAAAAUCUUCUUUAUUCUGAAAAGUUUUUAAUCAGGUGUCCUGAUGAAAGCUCCUUAGGGGAGCUGAAACGUUGAUGUACUUUUCAGAAUAAAGAAGAUUUUGAUUUGGAAAACCUUGGAGUGCCGCUAUUUUCUCGCUUUAUAUUAUCUAGCAACCAGAGCACCAGGUAUUUACUUUUUUUGAUUGGCGUGCAGGGGUUAAAUAUAAAGUUUUAUUAUUAACAAUUGGUUAACAAACGCUAUUAGAGUGGAGGAUUCCUUCCUCAUACCCCUAAGUUCUCAGAGUUAUAGAAUGUGAAAUACCUCGGUCCACAUGCAGUGUAGAGCGCCAAGCCUUUUAUGAAAAAUCCAUUUCAGAUUAAAACAUUGAGUCAGUCAUUUGGACGGAAUAGAAAUCUCUACCUCGUGUGGGCAGAGGAGCUUUUGUGUUCGGUUAUUCCCUAUAUUUUUCUUGAAAAUAUCAUAUGGGUUUUAUUUAUUUAUUUUUAAUUUCCUUUUCAGCGAUCUUUGUUUUAAUGACUUGACAUCAUUUCCAACUGAAGGACUUCAAGGCUUAAACCAGCUGAAACUCACAGGAAACCCCAGGCUAAAAGAGUCAUUUGCAGCUAAGGACCUAUUGAAACUCCGGUAAAUAAUCUUCAUAAUGAACUUUUCUUUUACAUUUAAAUUUCUUCUUACAAUGUUGUUGUAAUUUAACUGUUAUUGAGUAUGUUGUAGAUUUCUGAGUAUUUGUGCACAAGAAAUUUCUGUUUUUGAAGUUUUUAUUUCUGUUUUAUUCUACUACACUAUUUGAACUUGCUUUUCUGGGUCGUUUUGCUAAUUUCUUAAACAUCUGUUUGUUUGGUUUUAGGUCGGUAUCUGUUCCAUAUGCUUAUCAGUGCUGUGCAUUUUCUGGUUGUGAUUCUUACUUGACCUCUACCAUUGAGGAUGACAGCUCUAAGUACCAGAAACUUCUAUCAGAGCACGAGAAAGGUAUUUAUAUAAUGAGAGCAUGAUUUUACAAUCGUACCAGACAACAGGAAAGAUAUGAACUAUGUAAAAAGAACACAAGUAAGCUGACUACAUGUCCGAAAAUAACAGCCAUGCAAAGUAACCAAAGCUAGUGUGUUUUCAUGACUCUUGUCUGCAUGUGCCCGGCAUCUCAAAAGUGGUCUUAGUGGGACGGUUUCAGGUCUAUCCUGGAACAUAAGCGGUGCUUAUUGAAGAAAGAAACCAGCAUCACAUGAUAUAUUCCGUUGCGGCUUGCUUUUUAAAAUUGUUAAAACUAAGAUUGACUUAAAUAAUGAAAUGCUGUACUUUUGUUUCUUUCUUCCAUUGAAUUUUGGUGAGCUGACCACUAACUCGGGUAUCUGGGUAAAAGAACACUGUCAAAUGUGCAAGCAUUGACUUAAUUAUAUAGAGCGAAAUCAACCCGUGCAGCAGUUUGAGUUUGUUUAUUUUUUAUUAAGUGGCACUUCUUGCCAAGCUAGCUAAAGAUGGCCGCCCCCACAUUAUUAUUAUUAUUAUUAUUAUUAUUAUUAUUAUUAUUAUUAAAUAAUACACUAGGUUAUAUUACAUGUAAACUUUUUUGUUUUCCUUAAAGUUAUCAUUUCUGGCUGUAAAACAAGCAAAAUAUUUCCGUUGCAUGCUAGGAAAGGGUUUACUAUUUGGUGAAUUGUUUUUUGUAUAAAAAUGUUAAUACACUAUAAGCACAUUGUUCAUGCUCUCUUGCUUAGUUUUGUUCUGACGACAGGUAUGCAAGGCAUUCUAAUUAGCUGAUCUAUUUCGCUCUCUUAUAAAAGUUAAUGAUUUGUGACUUUUUAUUUUUUACUCCACCUUGGGAUUGGAAUUGUAGAAUGUAUGUUGCAUCUAUGUAGGUGUGGGCACUUUAGAUGUCUUGGUGUUUUUGAACUCUAUUAACCAACUCUGUCUUUCAGGAAAAAGAUUUGUGGAAUAGACUAAUUAGGAAUUGAGCAGAUAAAAAAAAAAAGUUUUAGAAACUAUUAAUAAACUUAUUAUGCCAAUGAAUUUAAGUAAUAUUAAAGGGACACUAUAGUCACCAGAACCACUACAGCUUAAUGUAGAGAAAAGGCAGUGUCUACAUUGCUGCCGAGUAGCACUUCUAGUGACAGUCACUUAGACAGCCACUAGAGGUGCUUUUUGGUUUAGUGCUACACAGUGUGCAUGGAGGCGCUUCACAUUCCCCAUAGAGCUGCAAUGAGUCAAUGAUUUGUGCAGUGUUUUGCAACAAAUGCGCCAUAGCCUCCCAAUGCUUUCCUAAGAGAAAGCAUUGGAUUGGCUGAGAUCAUAAAGUUUGAGGAUCUUAGCCAUGGAGUUUAGACCAUCCGUGGCAAAACCUGCACCGUCACCUGCAUGUGCAGCAGCCGUGCAGAUCUCCGUGUUAGCUGUAAUGCACAAGACUUCCCAUCAUUUCUGUGGACAAACACUGUUCAUGCCUUGUGUUAACGUGUAUUAUGCACAUUACAGCUUCUCUCACAAAACUGGAAUGAUGUCGAAGGAAAGGGACUGAAAUAAAGAUAGGAGAAGAAAUCACUUUUUUGCUGAAAUACAGAUGUUUUGUUGGGUGCAUAGGGAAACACGCGGUAGAAUGUCCUUUAUUAUUGAACUAUAUAUUGUUUUUUUUGGUUUUUUUUACUAUUAUAAAAUUAGACUGUAUUUGGGAAAAUAAGUGCUAUAUCUUUCUUUUUGUAGGCACCAUAGAUUCAGAUUAUAUGAACACAGAAGAAGAUAAAGAACAUGUUCAAACCGUAGUCCACUGUAAUCCCUCUACAGGUAAAUUGUUAUUAAUUGUGAUUGUAUUUGUUUUAUUGCAGUACAACAAUAGUUUUCUGCCCACCAAACGUAGAAUUCAGAAUUUUGUUUGGCCCUUAACUCCUAAACUUGGGACAAAUGCACAUUGGUGACUUUUCAGUUUUUUUUGUAGAGGCUCCAUGUUUGAAGUGCACAGGUAGAUUUAUAAAUGUAUUAGAGGAAUUCUGAACUCCAUAAGCAUUAAAUCUCCUAGUACAGUCACGUCAGUGCUCAGAGGGCUCCUCUAAUUCUAACAGUUGUAGGGAAUUUCAGUAUUUCCAAGAACAUAUUGAUACAUUUUAAGCAUCUUCACGUUUCAAGCUUAAAGGAACAAUAUAGUCACCAGAACAACUACAGUUUAAUGUAUUUGAGUGACUGCCACUGAAGGUGUUCUUAGUAAUGUUUACGGCCACUAGAGGUGCUUUCUGGGUCGUGCAACACGGACGUUCAGCAUCUUCACACCCUGCAUGAAGGCGCUGAACAUUCCUCAUAGAGAUGCAUUCAUUCAGUGCAUCUCUAUGAGGAGGUGCGUUUUUGCUGUGCAUGCUUAAUAGCCUCUCAGUGCUUUUCUAUAUGAAAGCUUUGGAUUGGCUGAGAUCAUCAACAUUGCCAAGGGGGUGGAGCGUGAGUGGGGCCUCCCAUGACAGGUCCUGGGCGGUGCUGAAAAAAGGUGAAUAAAUCACCUUUUUAACUGGAGGUAAGGGUUCCCAGGCGACUAAACAGCUAUUUAGACCUAUAGUGUUAGGGAUACACUUGACACUAUAUAAUUUGUAUUCUUGACACUAUAGUGUUUCUUUAAAGGAACAUUCUAGUCACCAGAACAACUUUAGCUUUUGAAGCUGAUUUGAUGUAUAGAUCAUGCACAUUUAGUCUCACUGCUCAAUUCUGCUAUUUAGGAGGUACAUCACUUUGUUUAUAAAGCCUUAGUCACACCUCCCUGCAUGUGACUUAACAGCCUUUCUAAGUACUUCCUGUAAAAUGAGAUCUAAUGUUUAAACUUCCUUUAUUUCACAGUCUGCCGCCUCCCCUUUUUUAUGGUUAGUUUACGGUAUAGCAAUUAUUAUAUUGUAAUAUAUUGUCUUUCUUAUUUCAGGUGCCUUUAAACCAUGUGAAUAUCUUCUUGGCAGCUGGAUGAUCAGACUUACGGUGUGGUUCAUCUUUCUUCUUGCGGUGAUCUUCAAUCUAAUCGUUAUUCUGACCAUGUUUGUUUCUUGUUCUCCACCAUCCUCAUCCAAGAUUUUUGUUGGCCUGAUUGCAGUCUCCAACCUGUUCAUGGGUGUGUACACUGGCACCCUAACCAUACUGGACACCGUGUCUUGGGGAAAGUUUGCAGAGUUUGGCAUAUGGUGGGAGACUGGCAGUGGAUGUAAAAUGGCUGGUUUCCUUGCCAUUUUUUCUUCUGAGAGUGCAAUAUUCUUCCUGACCUUGGCAGCCAUUGAACGGAGUUUAUCUGCCAAAGAUAUCAUCAAGAAAGAGAAAAGCAAACAUUUAAAGAAAUUUCAGAUUGCUUCCGUUUUUGCUUUCCUGCUAGCUAUAGCGGCAGGAUGCUUACCGUUAUUUCAUGUUGGAGAAUUCUCAGCGUCUCCUCUGUGCUUGCCUUUUCCUACAGGUGAAACCCCUUCUCUUGGGUUUACAGUGACAUUGGUUUUACUCAACUCAUUGGCUUUCUUGGUAAUGGUGAUAACCUACACUAAACUCUAUUGCACCUUGGAGAAAGAAGACCUCUCUGAGAAUGCAGAGUCCAGUAUGAUCAAACAUGUUGCCUGGCUGAUCUUCACCAACUGUAUCUUCUUCUGCCCCGUUGCAUUUUUCUCCUUUGCCCCACUGAUCACUGCCAUCUCAAUCAGUCCAGAAAUCAUGAAGUCUGUAACCUUGAUAUUUUUUCCUUUGCCGGCGUGCCUCAACCCAGUACUUUAUGUUUUCUUUAAUCCUAAAUUUAAGGAAGACUGGAAAUUAUUGCGGUGGCACUUGACCAAGAAAAGUGGCUCAGCCGCAGUUGCCACGAACACUCAGAGAGGAUGCGUAACUCCAGACUAUUUCUAUGAUUUUGGAAUGUAUAAGCAUUUUGAAGGCAACUUUGCUGUGUGUGACUACUGUGAGACAGUUAUUUUAAAGAAUCCACCACCCUGUAAACACUUAAUAAAGUCGCACAGCUGUCCUACCCUGGCUGUUGUACCCUGCCAACGACCUGAGAACUAUUGGUCAGACUUCGGUACUCAGUCUGCUCACUCAGAUUGUGCAGAUGAGGAAGAUUCAUUUGUGUCGGACAGUUCAGAUCAGGUACAGGCCUGUGGUCGGGCCUGUUUUUAUCAGAGCCGAGGAUUUCCAUUAGUCCGAUAUGCUUAUAAUAUACCAAGAAUGAAAGACUGAAUCCAUCCUUCUGGACUUAUUCUGUUUGGAGUAUAAUACUUCUCAAGGAACAGAAUCCGAGUGAGGACCUACCGCAAGGGAGCACUUUUAUAAGCUUGUCACUUACAAGAAGGGAAGUGGGCAAAAUAACUGAUACUCCUUAAAAUUCCUUGUUUCAGGGCAUGCCUUUGGUUAUGCGCAGCUAAUAUUGCGCUCGGAAGUGCCCCAGCUGUCUAGGAACACAAAGAAGAGUGGUUGCCCAGACUAGAAAUCAUUUGUAAACCAAAUUUUGUAGCUGAAAUGUUUUCUAAUCACUUUAAGGCAAUAUGUGGUUCAUUUAAAAGUGUCACAGUCCUCCUUUAUUUGCUUUAGCGCUUGUAUCUUUCUGGAAUUUUAAUAGCUUCUGUCAGUGAAAUGGGAAUUUUGUCAUUUCCUUGCAAAGCAACACAGUGAUGCCAGCUGAUAACAUUAUCUAUCAGAAAAGAAUAUAACUAUUGUGCUUGUUGUAUGUUCAGGUACUCAGGUUAAUUUACUGCAGGGCAAACAAAAGGAGUAUAUUCUGUUAGUUGGGAAUCUGUGGUUAUAGGUACAGCAUGUCUCCAGGAAAAGCCAUUUUUAUUGUCUAAGAAUGGAAACAUACACAAGCAUUUCUUGGUCUGUACAUUGCAGAAUAUAUCACACAAUAUUAAUUGUCCAGUACAACAUGCACAAUAUUCAGUAUUAUAUCCAACAUGGGUCUCUCUUAGAAAAGGCUUAGAAAACUGUUAAACAUGUGGUUUGGCUUGUUUUGCACACAGGAUCACUUUCACUAUCCUGAUGACAAGUGGUUAACCAGGUCUAGCCAGGCAUCAAGGUUUUUCGUUCUUGUCAGUUUUCACAUAUAAUAAUACUAAGCCAAUUGUAUAAUUAAGUCUAUAAUUUUUUUAUUUAUUUUUUUAUGGAGAAGAAAUUUAGUAUGAUCAUGUAAGUUCCAAAACCAUCAACAAUGUUUCAAGAGCAGAGAGAGCAAAACUUACUAUCCCCUAUGAAAUACUAGUAGGAAAAAAACCAUAGACACAGUAAGUGUUAAAACAAGUCUCAAUCCCACCCUACUUAUAGUCCAAAGACUGUCUGUGUCUAUUGGAAGUUAAACAGCCAGUGUCUUGCAGGCUUCCCAAGCCAAUUAUGUUCCCAUAAUAGACUAUAUAUGUGCAGAGUGCAGCGCGUAAUGUAUUGAAAAAUACAUUCAUACUUUAUUUGAAUAGGCACACACUACUGAUUUAACCAUGAAGCAAAGUCAAUACAUUUUUGGAAUUGUAAUGGACAGAAUGAAACUAUUCUAUGUCCCUAAAACAUGAAUUGUGCUUAACUGAAAGUACAAACCUUUGUAUUAAACUUAAGUGAUUUUGGGAGCAUUUUUUUUUUUUUUUUUUUGGUGUGCUAAUUCACACUUCAUGGAUUUCAAAGAGCUUUAUCCAUUAAACUAUAUUUCCUUUGACCAAGAUAUGUUCCUUUUAAACAUUACCCAUGGGUAUGGUGAGUACAGGAUGGGGCACUAUGUGGAAAACCAUGAGCAGGACCUCCAAAUUAAAUAGAUGCCAAAAACCGAUGAGACAGAAGUGGACCACCCCAAAAUGGAUGGGAUUUCAGUUUUAGGCACAGCCAUGUGGCCUAUUACACGUAAUAAAACACCAGUAUUGCCGUCACACUUCGAAACUGAGAAAAUAUAUCAAUUUUAUGGACAGCCUUUCCAAGUUAAGUUUGCAGUUCAAAUCCAGCAUUUGUCCAUCAGUCCUUUACUUUUUAGGUUUUUAAGUUGCCAAUUAGUUUCUUGAUCACUAAAGAUACUAUUUUACACUACAGAUUUGCAGGACCUUUCUAUGUCAUCCAUUAUUUGACUGCCUCCUUUAUGUUAUUUUAUUAGGCUUUUGCUUUUAAUUUUGUCCAUCUACACAAUACUGGUCAAAAGGUUUCUGUAACACUUCUACAGAGCAGGUGGAGAGUUAGGACCUUUGUCUAUUGAUCUUUGAAGAAUCGGUUAAUAGAGAGAUACUAAAUAAAUGGUAAUGAGUGGGGGGGGGGAGAGAUACUAAAUAAAUGGUAGUGGGGGGGACGGGGUGACAUAACCUGGUGCUUUGUAAUUACUAAUUGCACCAAGCAGAAUAUCUGUGCCACAUAUCAAAGGUACACAAUCCUGACCCCUAAAUGUGGACUUGUCUUUUCGUUAGCUUGUUCUGUAAUUGAAUAGAUUAAAAAAAAAAUAAUCUUGGUUGCUUCUGCAAAAAUGCCAAAUAUUCCCCAUUUACCAAUUUUAUUUUUUUAUAUAUAUAUAUUUUUUUUUUUUUUUUUGUGAUUCACCCCAAAUACAUGUUUGAAUAAUGUUAUUAGUUCUAUGAGCACUUAAUUACAAAUUGUUUUUAUUACCAAAAAAAAACAAAAAAACAACUUUGAAAUAAUUUUAAGUAACAUAAACACGCUGCAAUCUUUGCUAACUUUCUUCUCAUUAAAAGGCAAACCCUUUCCAUUUCAGGCCUUGCACACCUGUAAAAAUUACAGGUAGAAAAAUACGGUUUGACUUCUUUUUUUGCUACUUGUUAGAUCCAUUGAAUGUAAUUAAUUAUUACAAAUUAAGCACAAUUUGUCAAAUUCCUUGCCAUGCGCCUGUUUUUUCUUUUUCUUUUCUUAGAGACAUUCCUGUCACACAGUGAAGCUGGAUCGAAGUUUUACAAACCGAGCUGUAUAUAUACGGAGCGUAUAUUUUUAAUCUUGUACUGUAAAUUAUUUGAUAGAGCACAUGGUGAGAUAUAUGGCUUCAGUUUAUUUUGUUUAUUAAAGCUACCUCCUAAAACUUUAAUGGCUGCCAGUAGCACCAUCAAAUGGUUUAUAUACAUUUUUGCAUUGUAAAUAAACUCUGUUGUACAUUGUCACUGUAAUUAAACAAAGUUGUUGUAUAUCAAUCGUGGGAGGGAUUUAUACUCUGUAUAUUGUAAUUUUUUUAUAUGACAGAAUAUUAACAAGUAAAGAAUUUGCCUUUUUGUGUAUUUUAAGUUUUUGUUUGAAUUCACCAACGCACUCCUUUGGACACUAACCUACAGAUACUAGAACAGGAUUAUCGAUUGAAAUGAAUUAUAAUGCAAAUUAUAGAUAACGAGACUGUGUGGCUAUAGAGAAGUUGGAAAAACAAACAUUCAACCAGGUGCAUGUAUACGGCUGAAGGAUCCAGUCAUAAACUAAUGGAUUAGUUUUUCUUAAUUGUUUUUCUUUGUUUUUUUAAAAUCUAUUUUCUUUUCAAACUUGAUGAAAUUAUUAUAAUAAUUUUUUUUCAGUUUUGUGGUAACAAAUGUCCUUCAGCCCCUUAAGGAUGGAGUCAAUUGUCCAAGUUCAGAACCAAAAGAAAGCCUGCAAUUUGAG